ACAUCCAGUUCAUAGUUCGCUUUCCUUGGAGAGAUUGUUGAGGAGGUUUUUCUUUCUGCUGGAGUCUCCCUAUGGGUGGCCCCAUUGACCGGUGACGUUGCUCAGAGUCGUAUAGUAGUGCUCGUAAGCCGUCACCUGCAGGGAAACACCGGAAGAAGUGGCGACUCGAGAAAGUUUGUGUUAAAAAAAAACAACCGCAGCAAUGCACUUUCAAGUGAGACACAUACUGCGCCUGAAUCACUGCGCCACCCUUCAGCGUAGGAAGCCCCUCUGGAGGAAGCUGUGGACUGUUUCAGCUGCACAAAAACAACAACAACAAGCCGUCAGAGCAGCAGGACCGCAUACAUCUGCAGAUUUAAAGAAGUAUUACGCCUCGCAGAGCUGCAGAAACUAUGCAUCUGACUCCGCGUAUAGUCGAGCCUUCGCCUCAGCGAGGGAUCACCCCGAGACUUACUGGAGUGAGAUGGGACUGGGUGUUGACUGGUUUGAGCCGUGGAGUAAAACUUUGCACGUUGAAGAUCCAGUGUUUCCAAACUGGUAGGUUUCAGUUCGCACAACCAGACGCUUUUUACAAGUGGCACUUCACUUGAGAUAACGUGGGCCGUCCUGAGUGUGUGUGGAAAUCAACGAUUUACUGCCACGUACAACCUGUCUGCAACCUAUCUAGUGUACCUAAUACUUGGACUUUGAGAGGGAAAUAUCAAGGAGUAUUUCGAUCUACAAUAAUGACCCUUACAUGCCAGCAAAUUAAUCAUUAAAGUACCAACAACCCAAUGAACUCCAACACAUGAUCCACCAUGUUCAAAGCUGAGUAAUGACAAGUUGUGCUAGUUAACUGUUUUUCGAUAAAACAUCCACUAGCUCAUAAUAAAUUAACUUUUGUUUGAAUUUUGCUCUUCAGAAAUGGGAGGUGGACAAGAACCUGUUGGUUAAAAAUGUUAAAAUCACAAUCAAUUCAAAAACAAUUAGUUACAUUUGCAAAACAACAGUUACUGAGAAAAAAACCCUUAAAACUUUGCAUCUCCUGCUAGUGGAAUCCAUUCAUGUGUAAGAUCAUAUCUAAUUUAAUACAGCCAGUGAUGGAGUCACAAAAAUAUGAACCUCCUUUUGUGAUACUAACGGACAAAAAAACAUUGUAUUAAAAAAAUUUCAAUUUGUCUUUUAAUGCAUAUGUCGGCAUGUUGGACGAGAUCCAACAUGCCUACAUCCAACAUACUGUCUUGUUACAAUAAUUAUCUUUUGUUUGAAUUUUGUUCUUUAGAAAUGGGAGGUAGACAUGAACCUGUUGGUUAAAAAUGCUAAAAAAAUCAGUUUGAAAACAAGCACAAAUUGCAUAUCAAUGAGAAAAUGAUUGUGAUUCCCAGUGGCCAUCUUUAAUUUGCCUGCUUAGCCAAAUGAAAAGAGAAUUUUACACCUGUGUUUUUACCAUAAAUUAAUACUCUAUUUCACUGCAAAUUAGUGUGAAAGUCUUGAAAAGUUGUGUAUAAUUUUCUCAAAUCUGAUAAGGAAAGAUUUUCUGUUUCUCAUUUCUAAAAUUUCCCUUAAAUUUGUGAAAAACAACUACUAAUAAUGUUUGUUAAUGGGGUAGUGCUAGCUAAUACCACACCCCUUGCAUUUGGAGAGGAACACACUAGCGAACUAAUUAAACAUAACUUCUUGUCAGAAUAUUUUAUGAUGUUAUGUUCAAACUUUGGCAACCUUUUCUAUGCAUUAAAAUUAAAAGAGUCCUUACUUUUGGCUUGCAAUAACAUGCCCGUGUGCAUAACCAGCCGUGAUUUGAGGGUGCAAGGAUCUACUUUAAAUCCAGUUUGUUGAAAUUCACUGGAAAGUGGAGUCAUAGUUACUUCACGUGAUGUUGUUGGUUAUGAAACAAAUCUUUUUACAUAAUUCUGAUAAUGAGAAUUAUACUUUUGUAUUCUUUCCAACCCAAGGUAACAGCACACAGAUUCAUAGCAACAGACAUAAGUCUAAACUCCUCACCCUGCCUGAGAAUGAUGUAAAUUUUAUAUUUCUUCUCAGGGUGACUGAGGCUCUGAGGUUGCAGAAGCCAGAGCUCCCUAUAUCUUGUUCUCUCAAAAUGAAGGUAGACAGCCUGCAUGUUUCUCUCUGUCUGGCUUCCUGAACAGCAGUUUCCCAGACACCAUCUGCUCAACCUGCUCGCUGCUUUUCAUCCAUAUGCACAGCAGCAGAAAGAGAUGAAACUGUCGCUUUAUCAAGUGUAUUGAUUUAUUGCGCUGCUGCUGGCAGACACAAAUGCGUAUGUUUUUUGGAGUUCAUUUUUAUCAGAUUGUGUCCCAGUUUCCAACUACAAGCCAAACAGGACACUUCAUAACAUGAAGCAUAUUUCUCACCCUUCAACUACAGUAUAGGCUUAGAUGUAAAAAAAAAAAAAAGUACUGUUUAUGUUAAAUGUGUUUUACAUGUUUGUUGGUUGAUUAAAUUUGUGCGUUUCCCUCAGGUUUGUUGGAGGGAAGUUGAACAUGUGCUACAAUGCUGUGGAUCGUCAUGUGGAGAACGGCCGUGGAGAGCAACCUGCCAUCAUCUAUGACAGCCCGGUGACUGGAACCAAGCAGAUCAUCACUUUCAGGGAGCUUCAGGCGCAGGUAAAUGGUAUUAUUCGAGGCUACAGUGACAGAACUGAAAGGAUAAAGCGUAGGCUCUUUACGCUUGAUCCUAACUCCCAGGAUGUGGAGUAAAAUAAACAAAACAUCUAAGACACACAAAAGAACUGCUGUUGGAUUUUGUGCACUGAAAUUAAGACUUGUCAGUGUUGCCAUGACAGUAGAUACAUUUUCAUCCUUCUGCUGAGAUAGUUGGCCAAGUUUUAGUCUGCCGUGACAGCUGGAUCGAGCCAAAAAUUAAUAAAGAGGACAAGAAAACAACAGACAGAAUGAAAGGGAGCAAGAAUGAAAAAGUAAUUAAUGUGAGUGAAAUUUGGGCAGAUGCUUGAGUUUGAACAAUCCUCCAUUACAUGCAUUGUUUUUAAAUGAGUUCCAAUUGGACAUGAGUUCAGCUUCAGCGUUUCAUUAUUUGUUAUUUUUUUUUAACCCAAAGAACAAAUUUAAUUUCAUUUAGUUGACAAAAAUAAGUGGAAUCCAUUCAUGUGUAAGAUCAUAUCCAAUUUAAUACAGCCAGUAAUGGAGUCACAGAAAUAUGAGCCUCCUUUUGUGAUGCAAAUGACCAAAAACAUCCAAUUUGUCUUUUAAUGCGGCAUGUAGGCAUGCUGGAUCUCGUCCAUUUAGCCCCAACUCCAUAAACUUGUUGAGUAAGACGUUGAUAGAAAGCAGAUUAAAAAUAAUUUAACAUGUGAACUCAUUUAUGUGGUAUGCUACAUGACUCCCCUAUAUUUUGGUCCAGGUGUCCAGGUUGGCAGGAGUCUUGGUGAAGAACGGCGUCCAGAAAGGGGAUUUGGUCGUCAUCUACAUGCCCAUGGUGCCUCAGGCCAUGUUCACCAUGCUGGCCUGUGCACGGAUCGGUGCCCCACACAGCCUCAUCUUUGGUGGUUUUGCUUCCAAAGAGCUUUCUGUCCGCAUCAAUCACGCCAAGGUUAGACAAAAAAAAAAAAAAAACGUCUUUUUAUUCACCUUGCGGUUGCGAUUUAUCUCUUCUUGAGCCGUGACAACAAGACAACAUGAUCUUAAUUAAAUCAGAGUUACUCGUCAGGACCCUGGCCACCUGAGGACAGGCUGAAGUGAUGACUCUUUGUUCUUUUCAUGAGCUGAUAUGAAGUCAGGCAAUAAUGUGCCUGCAAAUAAUAAUUUUCUGAUCCUAAUUUUCAUGUGGUGUUAGUAAUGUGCACCAUUCAUCCUGCAUAAUAUGUGCAACGCUGCGUUCCAGGGGCGCCCGAGGCAUCUUUGUUUCGUUAAGCUUCAAAUGAAUCAUUCACAGUAGAAAGCACUUUUUUCUUUCUUUUUCCUGCUGCAGCCACACACUCAAAUAUGAUGUCAAUGCCAUCUGCACAAAGAUUGUUAAGAGGGUAAAAAGACUAUUUAUAAAAAUAUGACCCCUGUUGAUUGACGUGAAAAUAAAUCUGAAGAAAUGCUGAAUUAUUGAGCUGCCAGCAGAUGCUUGAUCAAGUGUUUAAACUCCUUUUGUCGAGGUUCAUUUGAGGAGAAGUGUUAUUUUCAGAUGAAUUCUUCAUUUGGUGUGAGCUCUUAGGAAAACAUAGAAAUUGAUUUUUCCUUUGUAAUUUGGCACUAAGGCAAAAGGCAAGUUAAUGAUUCUGUUUGAGUUUGGCUGAAUGAAUUGUAUUAACAACAAUAAGAAAAGAAUUAGAUCUGAGAAAAUACAGAAUGAAAAAGACCUGAGCAGACAUCAGUGACAAAGAAACUCGCCAAUAUACUGUGGGUUGAGCAUGGAAUCCUUAAAUUUCAGGCUGUUUGGGUUAGGUUUAGAGAUAUCAAUGUAAUCCUAAUGAAAUUCUGUGACUUAAAGGGAUAUUCCAGUGUAAAUUAAGUUAGGGUCAAACACACUGUUACACCGAGUUAGACACCCCCUCGAAAGAUGAAUGUUGCUGACUGCUUGCUUCUCUAGUUAUACCAACUAUAGCAAUGACCGUACGAUAGCAAUACACAGUGGUCCCAGAGCCAUACGCACACCUCAAACAAAACGACACUCUGUAGCCACAAGUAAUGCUCAGAACAGCACCUAACUUCAUCAACAGUACAUAUAGGGUCCUAGUCAUAGCACUAGUCACUAAACAUCUUUUUAGCUUUGCCUAAUUUCUAUAGGAAAGAGGCUAAAUACAACUCACCUACUCUCUUCCAGCAGCUGCUUGUUUGUAGGGAGACCUCAGACAAGUCCAUCACCGACUGAAGAAAUGAUCAUAAAUGUUCCUCCUUGAGCUGUGUAACCCCGCCGCAGUCUGUGAUGGACUCAUCUGAGGUGGCUAGUGCUGUGGCUGGGACCCUAUAUGUACUCUUGGUGAAGUUAGGUGCUGUUCUGAGCAUUAUUUGUUGCUAUAGAGUGGCUUUUAGGUUGAGCGUGUGGCUCUCUGUACUGCUCUCUGUGGUCGUUACUAAAGUUAGUAUAACUAAAGAAGCAAGCGGUCUGCAACAUGCAUCUCUCAAGGGGGUGUCUAACUUGACCCUAACUUAAUUUUACGCUGGAAUAUCCCUUUAACUUGUGUGAACACCAGGGUCCAUCUGUUUUUCUGUGUAUCAUGUUUAGAUAUAGUAACGUCCUUAAACAUGGAAUAAUAGACAUAUAUAGUACAUGAUGGAUGCAGUGUGGGCAGCAAGCGCCUGUUGCUCGACAGCUACAGUGUCAGUUUUUUAAAGCCAGUGAUUUACUAUGAAGUCCUUUUUCACAUACAUGUCAGUAAGGCUUAUGUUGACUGGAUUUGGCUUCACACUUAAGUGCGGCCAAAGGCACGCACCGAUAACCCUGAAACCCUGUGUCAGUGCAGCACACACUUUAAUUGUAGCACAAUGGCAUCUCACUCCUGUUAAAUUACAGCUUUAGAAACAUGGAGUGAUCCUGUAAGCUCUACAUGUCAUAACACAGCUAAACUCUCUCUCCAUCUCUGUGUUUCUCAGCCCAAGCUGAUGGUUACUGCCUCAUUUGGCAUCGAGCCGGGAAGAAAAGUGGAGUACAUCCCUCUGGUGGAGAAGGCCUUGGAGCUGAGCUCUCAUAGGCCCUCCAAAGUCCUCAUCUACAACAGGCCCAACAUGGUAAGGAGCACAAAACCUCAUUUUGUUCAAGUAUUCAGCACACACUAUAUAAUAACGGGCAUUAAAAAGUCUUCAACCUUCUUUUGUUUUGUCAAAAAAGUAUUAAAUUAAGAAAAGAAUGAAAAUCAGAGCACAGUUUAUAGGCAGCAUCUUCAUCCUGGUGGAUCUGGUACCUUUCUGAGCUGCUGCAGAGAGAAAAGGAUGUUUUUCAGUUGAUUGGGAUCCUUAACAAUCUAACCAGCCUCAGUCUAAUACUGCCGGAUUAAACGCCUGUUUGAUGUAAAUGUAUUUAAAUGUAAACAGUAAACCUGCUGCUUAUUUGACAGUAUGUAAAUGCAUCUGCAGUAUUCCAGCUCAGUGUUCUCCACAUUCAGACCUUUCUCAGGGAGGUUAUUGCAUCCAUGUUGGCAUGCUCUGUUGGUGACCUCAUGUAGGGAAAGGCAUCCUUUGGCAUGUUCUUCUUUAAUGCACAGAGAUGCUAAGCUUUAUGUUGUUAGAAUUGACUGUUUUGUUCUGUUUUAGUGAUUUCGUUCAGCUGGUUUCAGCUGUUGUUUUUCUGCACAUUCUGAGGGAUGUGCAAAUGGAAAUUCAAACCGUACUAGUCGCUCAAAGUUAGGCUUGUGGUCCGAAUGAAACAGCAUCUAGUCAAAUUUCUCAAAGUUGGACCAACACACCUGGAUAAUGCAGUAAGAGGCUGAUUUUGUCUUGCAUGCAUACAACUCAAUCAGUCCCAAAGUAGCAUAGGUGUUCUGCACAUGCUCCACAGUUUGCAGGCAGGGCUUUGACUCAGAAGUCAAACCACACAAGUGUGUAAAGGGAAAGGGAAGCCUGGUAGUGGACAAAGCUACUAAAAACCAUAGACUGCAUAUACUAUGGACAACUUGGUUCCGCCUUCCACCAGUAUACAGAUUUGAAGCCAAAAAGCUCUCGAUAAUUCCGCAUUUUUCUCUAUUUCCUAAACUCAACAUUGCGCAGUAGUGUUGUACGCACUCCACCACUUGCGCAGCGGCAUUGUGCACAUUCGGUGGGAGAGUCGCCAAGAGUCGCUGUGAUGACACUUGGCUCAAACAGUGUAUCUCCCGGGUGAGCUGCGUAAUCUUUGUAUGCCCAUAGGCUGUAUCAAGUGUCAAUCAUAGAAAACAUGAACCCCCCAAUAACUUUUAAAAAUGGAGCUGUACAGAAAAAAGAGGAAAUGAGCACAAACCAAUCUUACAAUAACUACAUGUCAACAUCGCAAGCAGGGGGGAAAAAACAUUACAUUCUGAGUAAUACGUUUCUAAAGUUUGUCCACAGCUCUAUAAGCUCUGCUGGCAUAGGUGGGAUUUAUGACCUAUACUGCAGCCCGUCAACAGAGGGUGCUGUUCACAGAGUGGCGCCACCCAGCGAGGAGGCAGACGGCGUCCAUUCUAUAUACAGUCUAUGCUAAAAACUAAAUCCAAAAGUAAACUGUGGAGGUAGUUGUCUAUGAUUCACCAUUUGACCUACAACAACUAGCAUCUUGCUAAUGUGUUUAUCGAUUGUUAUGGUAUAUGAUGCAAUAGCUUAAUUAGAGAAAGGUCCAUUAGUAAAAGGGGAACACAUCUGACAAACUUUAAUCAAUAAAUUGAUGCUCAUAUUAAUGCUUGUAUCCUGGGACAAGGACAGCAGUCCAAUUAAACUGCACCAGCGUUAGCUCGAUGAAAUCGUGCGUGUAAACACACUGAAUGUUUUCCUACUCUUCUCUGACCCUUACACAAACCUGAAGACACCUUUAUUAGAUACUGAAAAUUCAUCUGAACAUUGUGCUCUGCAUGACAAACGCUGAGUCAUUAUUAACAACGGGACUCCUGCACAGAUGAUUCUCCUGUAUUUGAAACGGGAGCUGUGUGUUUCGAUGACUGUGUAUGACUGACUCACUGCUGAUGAAUUAAGUUCAAAGCAAAGAGUCAGAGCGGCACAUCAUAUGAGCUACGAAAGGUGUUGAAUUGUGUGUGAACAGCAGACCUGAAGGCAAUGAAUUUUUAUGUGUGUAAUGCCAAAAGAUAACAAAUGUGACCUGGUAGCUGGCAUUUGAGCAGAAUCCUGUUAUGAGAUCAGAAGCAGAAGCUACGCAUGUCUGUUUCGAGGUAAAUAACAGGGUGAAAAUAACAUGUAUGGUAUAUUUACAGAUGAGAGGUGGAGCAGCCUGGCACAGAUUCAGCCGAGAGGGAGCAAACAUGGCUAUGAAUGGCACAAAAACAGGCUUUUUAAUGCUGACAGCAAAGAGAGGUUGACUCUACUUUCACACCGACUCAAAGAAAAAGAGAAGACUUUGUUCUCUGAUGUCUCAGUUAAAAAAAUGAGUUUCAAUCUAAAAAAGAAGUGUUUCUAAAUUAUCAUGAGGCAAUCUUUUUAUAUCUGGUUCUGAUGCUCCGGUGUUAUCUGCAGUAUCAGCGAACGAUCCACUGAAUUAAGAGAUUUCAGAGGAUACUGAGUGGACAUGAGGCAGUGAAAUAGUCUUCACAGCAAACUCUUCCUGUUUAAAUUCAUGUGAAGCACCACUUUAACGGUGUAGCUGCUGCCUAAUCAAUUACCGCAUUCAGCAAGGAAGAGUCUGUGGUUCUGUGAACACGGCCUCUGACAUGAAAGGCUCGUUCAGUCAGCUGCAGUUUCCUCUGGUUUGGCUCAGAGUGAAAAGUGAUGCGUUUUUUUGGAAAAUAAAAGCUGGAGUUUUCAUUGGCUGUUUGUGCUCUGGAUUAAGGAAAGAUGUGAAAUCUCAGUUGGAAAAACUUGUUUGAGAAGAAAGAAAUACACCCAAGUAAACCUGACCUGGGAUUAAAGUGUUGAAAUUUGACUGGAAAUGGGGUGAAAUUAGCUCAGAAUGUGAGACCUAGAUUCACCCAGUUUUUAACCACCUUAAUUCAAGUUGUACCAUCAUUGUGCCUGAAAUUAAUGACUGCUCCUUGUUUGCUUUGUACUUUAGGAGAAAGUAUCCUUGAGACCAGAUUUGAGUCUGGACUGGGAUGAAGAAAUGGCCACUGCUCGACCUCAUGACUGUGUUCCUGUUCCCUCUAACCACCCUCUUUACGUCCUCUACACAUCUGGGACCACUGGGACUCCAAAGGUACUGAAAUCGCAGGGUUGUGAUCCAAAAGCAGGAGAAACGAUAGAAACACCUGACUCUUAGUCCCUGUGUAUACCAUGUAAACACAGAGGAGUAACAGGAUUUACUGCUGGCUCUGUUUGUCUAGAGGCCUUCAGUCGGAGCUCCUGUGUGACUCAUCUGCUCUUUGACUCUGCAACAACAACCAAGACUGAGUCUAAACACCAUAUUCUUGACAUAAAUAAGACGGAGCACUUCCACAGCAGGAGACGCGGCUCAUGCGGGAGGAGUUGCCUUCAGGCAGCUUUGAAUUGGGAAAAGAUCCAGUUCUUUCAAAUAGCAUCCCGAUGUCCAAUGAACGAUAAAAAAUAUCCACCUUCUGGCUGCCUCCUGAGCCUAAUAGAGCGGUUAUUGCGGUUUUUAUCUCCGUGUCGUUUGAAGUUAUUGAGCUACGGAGACAAUAACUUAAAAAGAAACUCUAAAACUGUAGACUAGAGGAGUCGAGGACAAAGUGUUUAUCUGGGAAAUGUCUUCACAACUGCGUCGGCUAUUAAAAGUUGGAUAUUGGAACUACUUUAGAGAGGCAAUCAUUUGCAAACAAACUACUUUUAUCUUCAGUAAAGCAAAGCAGAGCUGCUGUGUUCAGGCUGAUAUUAAACCCCUGCCUCUUUCUCUUUGGCAGCACCUGUCACUUGUCUGAUGUUUUCUUAUCUUGUCCCUCAGGGUGUCGAGCGAGACACUGCAGGCUACGCCGUGAUGCUGAAAUGGACCAUGUCAAAUAUUUAUGGACUCAGUCCUGGAGAUGUAAGGCAAUAAAGCAGCAUCUUUUCAGUCAGAGCUGUGCUUUAAAACAAAGAGCAUGCAGAGAGAUAGAUUGUGCUGUACUUGAAAAGAAGACUUGUGCACCAUGUAAUAUUUAUGGUAACUGAACAGUAAUAGGGUUUGAAGUGGUAUCUUUCUUUAUAUAUUUAUUUUCAUCCAUCUUUUAUAGAGCAUUAAGGUUUUUAUAUUUACAGCCAGAGUGUUUUUGAUUGAACUGAAGACACUGUUAUUACCAUUUUCUCAACACUCAGUGCGCUCUGUGUUUGUACAAGAAUCAAUAAAGUUGUGAUUCUUUUUUUACCUGUUGCAGGUUUGGUGGGCUGCUUCAGACCUCGGGUGGGUGGUUGGUCACUCAUAUAUCUGCUAUGCUCCUCUGCUUCAUGGUAACAGCACAAUUCUCUAUGAGGUAUGUUCCUGAUGGAAAAAACUACAGUUUCUGCUUAUUCUUGAUUAAAAAAAAAUCUGAAAUUUUUAACAGAUAUUUAAAAAUUCUAAUGAAAGUUUUAGCCAAACUUCUCACAAAAUUUCAGAAAUUGUUUAAAAUAAAGUUGUUCAAUAAAAGUUUGUGAACAAUUCAAUUUGGGUUUAUAUAAGUAUACCAAUCUUGAAAUCUUUUUUGUAUAUCUCGAACAAAUUUCAGCAUAUUCUUGAAAUUUCCCAAAAAUUCAGAAGAAAUUUCCUGCUGAUUUCCAUUUUAUGACUUUGACACAUUUUCUUGAUAUUUGCUGAAAGUGUUAUAAAAAAUUCAAAAUUUGCUGAAAAGUUUCAUACAUUUUAUAUAGAAGUUUCAGAAUUUCUUGAAAAAAAUAUUUUUAAAAAUGUCAGCAAGGACUCAAAGAUUCAAGCUGCCAGGAUUUUCUGCAAAAUUUCGGACAGAUUGAAUGGCCGAUGGUUUUUUUUGCUUAUAAGACUUUGCUAAAAAAGUAUAUCUUGUGAAAACUAACUACUAGUUUCUGAAAGUUUCUAUAUGUUUAAAAGUUUCUGAAAGUUUUUUAAAAAAAAGUUUUCCAAAGUUUUGAACAAAAUUUCUAAAAAUUCUUUCUGAAAAAAAAAACAUCCCAUGAAAGUUUGUUUUAAAAAAAAUUUAAUCUCUAGAAACUUGAAUCUUUUGUUAAUGGUAAGGGUUUCACUACUGUUCACUAUUAUAUCUUCUUUUAAUUCGUGUGCUCAUGCCAGAGUGAUGGCUGUUCAAUAGAUUGCUUCUAAAUUACUGUAUAUAAUUAUGUACAUACUGUCAUUAUCUAAUAUAACAAUGAUUUCUGAAAUACUUUAAAACACUAAAUUCAGCACAGCUGCUCUUAAAACUUUCCAAUAUUCCACCUUGUUUAUCCUCCACGUGGAAUUUCUUUUAAAGGCCAGGAGGAGAAAGAAGCACAGAGUGAAUGUGUGCAGGUGACACACUGAGUGUUAUUAGUAAAGACAGGAGAAAAGCAGAGAAGUACUGGUACAGGCAGAGCUGCAACCUGUCUCUUUACAAUGAAAUGUAACAGACUCAGUCAAACAUGGAAACCAAACCAAACACUUCAGCACAUCCUGAACAGAGUCCCAGACUUUAAUGAAUGGAGUCAUAAACUUGAUGUGGAUCGUUUGGGUUGUAGGACAAACAAGUGCAGAUGCGGUUACUACACCCCGGCUGUCACAAAUUCAUAAACGACCCAGCUGAGGUUAAAAAUUUUUAGAUAUUACGUGUGAGUAGUUUGUUUUUUUAGGUUUAACGUAUAGAUCGUUAUUAGUAUGUAGAGCUGGACUGUGAUGAUAAAUGCUCCUCUAUCGAUCUGUGUGUGUCUUACAGCAUUUUUGCUGACUUUACAUUAAGGCCACACAGUACAUUAGCACUCUGAUAACUCUAGGAGCAGCACAGCUGGGUGAUAAAUUAAUCUGCCAUCCCUUAAAUCAAUGUUUGGCUGCAGAUACACACUGCUCGUCUCAGGUGGCUUUUGUACUAAGAGCCACGUCUAUCUUCAGGCGUGUAGCUGCCAACCUUUUUGUGUUUCCUCUGGCCAAUACACAAGCACAAAUAUUUAUCCAGAGUACAACUGACAGCCUGAACUCACCGCUGAAGUUUGCCAUUAUUCAUUCAUCUGCAGUUGUCUUCUCACUGUAGAAACAGGCUCAUUGAAUCCCAGAAACGCUUUGGAAGUCGAUGUUGGAGGCAAAUGCCUGCAGGCCUCUUUUGUCUAUAUCUUUUCCACAAGACAAACACUUCUCCCAUAGUGCAACUGUGUUUACUAAUCCGCUGAUUUUUUUGGGCCCAUCUGUCUGGAAGGCAGCCUUCCAGUGUGCCUUUGUUUCAACAGCUGCUACAUGAAUAUUAAUGGUUUAUAGUCAAUAAUAAACAUGUACUGUGGAACAAUGUUGAAAUAUGACUGCAAUGCUAUUUGCUCCAUAGACAGUCAGUUUGUGUAAUUUAUAUGUUGUCCUUGGUGUUGGAGUUUUUAAACUAAGCAGCUGUUGCUUCUCGAUCUGUUUACAGGGGAAGCCUGUUGGGACUCCAGACGCCGGGGCCUUCUUCCGUGUCAUGUCUGAGCACGGAGCCUCGUCCAUGUUUACUGCACCAACUGCCAUCCGAGCCAUUCGCCAGCAAGACCACGAUGCAGCAAUUGGGAAAAAUUAUCCCCUGUCCAAGUAUGUGCAACAUUUAUGUGGGGAUAAUAUAAAGUGAACAGGUAGUAAGCAAAUUAGAAUCCAGACAGGGUGAGCGAGAUGGUUGUGUCAGUUACAAUUUGCACAACCACCAGUUUACUGUAGAUCUAGAUCUAACUAUUACUUUUAAAUUCAUCCUUUUAUACAGAAAAAUAAAGUCCCUUUAGCUGAAAACAUUUUCAUAAAUUGUAUUCUUCUUAGCCUCGAGCACCACAAGAGGCGAGCCAGGAGUGGUACAAAUUAAAACUGAACAUUUCAAUUCUCAAUUCAGUCACAAAGGGGGAACUGGACGACUGCAGGAUUUUUUUAUGAUAAAGUAUCUGUCCUUGGUCAGCUUUUCCUUUUUUUUUGCUUGUGGUUUCAGUGACUUUGUGGAGGUUGGCAACCCAGUUUUAGUUCUCAGGGGCAGCCAAAGACCCUACGCCAACUGAUCCACAAAGUGCAAGUGUGUGCCUGAUCGUGUAGUCUUGACAGGGUAUAGUUGCCAGAAACAGGAAGUGGAUUUUUUAGGGGCUUUAAAUGCAUUUAGAGACACCAAACUUGGUAGACAUUAGCACAGCGAAGAACAAGAAAGUUUGGUCUGGGUUUAUUUGUGCACAGGUGUGGUGAAAUGGCUCAAAUAUGAAUUUCUAAAUAUAUAGCCCAUGUAACACAUUUGACCUAGAGUUAUGAGAGCUAGUAAACUGAAGUAUCAUGCCUGGAUGUACAAAAACAGCCCUCAUUGCAACUCCAAUGGGAAUUCUGCCAUUUUGAUAUUUUGGUAUAAACAGAUUGAUUUUUAGCCUUUUUAAGGGGGCCCCUCUAUUAUCUGUGGGAAGAUAUAAUCUUUUUUUUAUUGUUUAUUUUGGGGGAUUUGGACAGCAGAUCACAUCACAUAUCAUAGAAAAGACUGCAGUCCUUGAUUUUUGGAUAGAACUAUAAACAAGUUGGGAGAAAGAGUAUGUACUCUGGAGUGGUCGGAGUAAGAAAGAUUUUAUGAUCUACCCGAAAAUUUAGUGAAGGACUACAAGAGAUCUUAGAAAAAAAGUCUUGUGGUUUCUUGACAAAACUUGCCGACCAAGGCCUCGGGGGCUUGUCAGAGUUUGACACUUGAAAAACUUUUUUUAAAGCAAAUUUCUGGGGUCACAGUUCGAUUCUUUUCUCCUACAGGAUAAAUUUAAUCAACUUGAAAUAAUUUGUACUGCCAGAAGACACUUGAAGACAGAAGUCUCUCUGGCCAAAAGGUGUGGUUUGACAUCUAGCCAGAUAACAUGAAGUUACAAAAACUUUAAGAUACAAACUGUUCCCUGUAAUGUUCCCACGUGAAGCAGCAACUAACUGCAGUUGCACCACAUCAUGACUUGCAACAAAUGCUACAAUACUCCCCAUCAUGCCUAAAGAUGCGAGGCCUUUUUAAUGCUGCCUGCAGCCCUAGUCAACAAUAGACAAAUAGUCAGUUUCUGCUAAAAGUAAGGAAUUAAAAUGAAAAUUAAGCUCCUGCUCAUAAAUCUUUCAGGAGAUUCGAUAACAAAGACAGAUGACAUGAAGAAUAUUUCUGAAAGCUGAAAUUUGCAUAUGCCGUAUAUAUAUUCCUUUAAAAAUUGAUGUAAUCUUUUUAAUGCUUCAUAUCUGGCAUCAUGAAAGGCACAAAACAAAGACAAGUUUUAUGUCUUCAGGCCAUUAGACUGAAUCAUCCUUGUUUCCUGACAGUUGACUAAUACACAGAGCUAAUCUGUCAUUACUCAGCGCUUCUGCUGAACUUGGGGGAGGAACAUGAAAAAAAGAGAACUGACUGCAAGAAAGGAUGAUGCUGUACACAUGGUGGUGGCAACAGAGAGAGCUUUAACAAAUAUAUUUAGUGGAAUAAAUUACUCUUUACAUCAGGUUAGGUUUUUCAUUAAUAUUGCUAAAAAACAACACAAGAAAGCUCAUCAGUGGCUGCAGAGCAAGUCAGACAAAUACAACAUGAGAAGAGGGAAAGAGAGACUGUCCUGUAUGUAGUUCAGUUUUAAAAUGGUUAUUCUCGUGAGGCUGAAAAAGAAAAACACUAAAAUGGUCAGCAGAUAUAUUACACCGGUGGUGCAGCCAGCAUAAAUAAAGUGAGAGAGAAAGUGCGUUUUGUUUGUAGGUCUUUGAAACCUCAGGAGUGAUGUGCUAAAGCGCCUCAUGGCUGAAGGUGUUCUGUGCAGCUGGCCCUGCCUCACAUUAGUCUCCGACCAUCUGUUGAUGCACAGUCCUCUAUCACCUCCACUGCUCCCUGUCUGCACCCUCAGCCCUUCCCGCUCGGCUGUUAAUCAGGAUUCAUACCAAAUAACAGCAGGUCGCUGUAGCCCACCUGUAUGAAAUCAUACCACAUGAACUUGUUUUGCUGCCACAGUCCAGCCAUUCAGGUAAAGGUCGUUUGUAGCUUAGAGUUAGAAACAAACAUUUUUCAUGGUAUUACUUUGGCUCGGAGAGUCAAAUACCUGCUGAGAUUAUCAGAGUUAUUAAUUAUUUGGUGCAGUGCGGAGAGACCUUCGGGGUUGAGAUGUCAAUUCACUACUUUCAUUGUAGCUCUGCAGUCUGCAAAUGCCUCUAACCACACAAUCAUAAAGCAAUUCUGAGCGAGGAUGACCUUUGGCCCCGGUGAAUCAUUCAGUAUUGUGUGCUGAAUUUGCCGAUCUGAGCUUGUUAGAGGAAGUGAAUGCGUAACACCUCCUUAAAAUGCAGUUAUGGUCUUAUGUAGGAAAUGUUUGAAUGGAACGUAGGCAGCAUUUGUCCUCUGAGUGUCGACCUCGACACAAUCAGUCACUUAGGCUACAUGCUGUUUCUCUGUAAGCUUUCUUGUUCUUAAUGUGUUGUUUCCCCUUGGAAGAGGAGGGGGAAGGCAGGCGGGUGAAGGAUUACUGCGUUUCUUUACGAUGCUGAGCACAACAUUUCAUCAUGACACAGAGCAGGAAAUACAACCAAAGCAAUGAAACAUGGAUUCAUUUUAAAGCAGUCUGGUUGUGCCCUUCAUGUAUUUUUAUUUACUUUAUAUUUACAGUGAGGAAAAAAUGGGUCUUACUUGUUGGAAAACAUGUGUUACUUUUUUUUUUAAUUAAACGGGCACAUAGUUGGGAAAACAUACGUUGUGCAAUGAAAUUGUUUGAUACUGCCAAAUAUUGGAAGUUAAAUAUUAGGGGCCUAUUAGGGGCGAGCGCUAAAUUGCAUGUGCAAACUAAAAAAUUGCACGUGCUAUUAGUGGGCGUGUUGCAGUUGAUCUACUAUCAUUUUGUUCGCAGUUGAUAACUGGUGCAAAAGCGAUGCGGACCGCCCUCUUUAAAGGAGGAUUUUGUGUGCACUAUCGGCCGUCACCAUGGAGAGUUUGUGAGAGCAGAGAGUUUAGAGCCAUGGAGUUGCACAUAUCGUAUUGGGGAACUGCAUAAAAGGCAAGGCAAGUUUAUUUGUAUAGCACAGUUCAUACACAAGACAAUUCAAGUGCUUUACAGAUGCAAGGAGAUAUACUAGAAAUCAAAAAAGGGAUUCAAACGAUCUAGAAUCAAUAAGACAAACAAGUGUUUUUUUUCGUCUGUUCCGUGUUUGACCUGAUUAUUUAUGAAAAUCGUCAUUUUCUAGAAAAUGAAAUAAAUCACAAGCUAUUGGACAAGGAUCGUGGCGUGUAUCGUGGCACUCCCGCCUCCUUCUCUCCACAAUGACCGUGCGUAAUGCUGCGUCAGUUUGCAGGUGCCUUUUAAAUGGGUAAAUAUAGAAGCAAAACCUCAAUCGGUUUGCGGGUUUGAUAGAUCACAUCGUGGGUGCUAAAUGAUUCCAUUUGCAUCUGCUCCUCCCAGAAUUUUGCGUGUUCGGAUGAUCUACAUACAUUCUGUACAUUCAUGAAGACCAACACACCAAAUCGAUUGCGCACGCUGUUUUGCUCAUUUGACAGACGCAAUCCUUGGUGCACCCGGUUAGUAGAUCGGGUUUGCGUGCGCUAUCAAGUUUGUACACGCAAACCUUUAGUAGAUCAUACCUGUGUGUGACAUGUCGCCCACCUAAACCCUAAAGAAACCCAAUAAGUGGUUUUUUUGCAGCUACAUUGACACUAAUGAGUCUGAGGUUAGCUGGUAGCUAGUUUUAUCUGACUGGAUCAAAAUACCCGGCUUCAGUCUGGUGGGUAAUAGGUAUGCUUGCUGAGUGGCAAAGCAUUACUUGCUUUCAUUAAAAAGUAAAUUCUUGUUCAGUGUGAUAUAUUCAGACUUUAGUGAUUUGUGUUUUGCAAUUUUCCAGUGAUUAAAUCGCAAUUUAUUGAGUGGCUCUCUCUUGAAUGUUUAAUGUCAUAGAUUUAAAAAAGGCUUUCAUUAAUAACUGUGGAGGGGAACAUAAUGGUCUGUCUGGAAGUCUAUUUUUUUGAAGCUAGGAUUCGUGGAAAGAAUUAAACAUAAGUCAUAGGAUAGUCAAAUUUCUCUUUUUUGGAGUUUCUGCUUCUUACACCCAGGGUUGCUUCUUAGCCAUCAGGCCAGACUGAUUUUUCCAGGCUGUUUGGUGAGGAUGCUCAUGAAAAAUUCAUCAAAGCAUUGUGUUGGUGAAAAUACCAGUACCAGAGUACAUCUAGUAUGCAUUUAAGCAGUUCAGUCCAAUCAUUUAUGGCUACGUCAAUGAAAACAGCGUUGGUGUUAAUUAAAAGUGUGUUGAUGGAAGUGGUUUAACCUUUCAGAAAACUCUGUAGGCUUUAUUAUCAAACACAUAAUUUCAUGCUAGAGAGGCCUCAAAUGUUCCGUCUGCAGUUUAUUGACACCGUGAGACAUUUACUCACUCAGCUGUAAUAGCCCUGGACCCUUAUCAAUGUGCAUUGGCCAUAUUACUUGUCAGCGAGGAUGUGAAAACUGCUACAUUGAGAGUCUGGCUGCAGGCCUGUCAGAAGCUGUGAUGGCUGCAGUGCUCUGCAUAAAUGUAGCAUGACAAAGAGGGCAGACACUCUGUCAGCGGUGUUUUGAAGACGGGAGGACUAACUCAAUGCUGAGCUUUACCUCCAUAAACAAGUGACAGAAGCCAUGACUUCAGUGGUUGGAGCUUUUUGGUGCACGAUGAAAGCUGUUAGAGGUGCUGAUGUUUACGGCUCGGUUGCCUUUUCUUCAAAUAAACCCCAGGAAAAAUAUCAGGGUAGUUUGCAGUCUGCCUGUCCGAAGUAGUAAAUGCUAUGCUAUUAAUGUCUUAGAUGUGCCCAGAUCAAAAGUGGAGUGGAUUUCAUGCCGUGAGAUUACUCCUAACAUCUAUUUAUAUAAAAGAAUAUGUGACAAAUCAUCCUGGACAUUGUUAUUAAGUAAAUUCUUUGACUCAAGCAGGACCUGAGCGCAGAACUCAUCAGCUUUGAGAUUUCUAUGGUGUCCUGAGCUUGAACGAAAUACCACCUACGCAGACGCCAUUCAAAAAAACAAGCGUUUUCACAGUUGAUUGCAUGUCUUGUCUCGCAGCCCCAACAAUCAUGAGUGCUUUCAAAUCUUCUGCCCCCACUGCCCUCCUCUCCAGAACAUUGAAGUUACAGCCGUCAAAACAACAAAUGAUGAAAGAAAAAAAUGAAAUGGAAAAAAAUAAUGCCAAUUAUUUCUGCUUUUCAGCAUGUUUAUGAAAUGACAAAAAAAGUGUUUUCUUUCUGGGUGUACUCUGAAGUGGUGAACCAGACGGCAAUGAUGUCGGAAUAAAAUUGCCUGCCAUGGGACACAGAUGGGCAGGGGUAUAAUACAGUAAAACCUGGCAGUAGGCAGAUCCAGACCUGGUGCACAGGUUGCCAAAAUCGGCAGAUAUUCCACUGAAGUGGAAAAAGCAGUAAGUCAUGCAAAUUUUCCAAGAAGCUAAUAAAAGCUAAGCUGUGUGCACUUCCAGGGAUCCUUGAGGUCCAAACAUGACUGAGUUUUGUUAUACACCAUACCGUACCAUACCAUUUGUUACAAUAAGAUGUGAUAGCAUUUUGUUUAAAGAGAUAUUCCAGCGUAAAGGAAGAUAGUUUCUUUAUAUUUUCCUUGAAGUAAUAAUCACUAUAUUUAUCAUUUUGUACUGCAGACACAGUAGUUCUUUUGCCUUAGCGUCUCGGUCUGAUUGUAUUUACAUAAAGAAAUGAUCAUAAAUGUUCUUCCUUGAGCUGUGUAACCCCGCAGUAGUCCAUAAUGGACUGGUCCAAGGUCUUGCUGCAAACAAGUGGCUGCUGGAAGAGAGUAGGUGAGUUGUGUUUAGUCUCUUUGCUAAAAAAACAUCAGGCAAAGUUAAAAAGAUGUUUGGUGGCUGGUGCUGUGGUUAGGACCCUACAUGCAAUGUUGAUAAAGUUAGGUGCUGUACUGAGCAUUAUUUGAGUUGCGUUUUGGUUGAGGUUUGUUUUCAGCUCCUCAGACCGCUGUGUAUUGCUAUUGUGCGGUCAUUACUAAAGUUGGUAUAAUAACCAAUAUAUCAUAUAAUGAUGUGAAACGAUCCAAUACAAUAUCUUAUGCUACAAUUUAAUACAAUAUAAUACAAUAUGAUACAAUGAGAUACAGUUUAACACAAUACGAAACAAUAUGAUGCCAAAUUAUACAAUACUACAUUGUAUGAUACCAUAUGAUAUGAUCUGGUUCUGGUAAGGUACAAUACAUUACAAUUAAUGGUCAACUGGUACUUCUUUGACUUAGCUACCUCCUUAGUAAUAUCAAUUGAAAAUGAAUGGUGGUAAUAAUAGAAAAAUUGAACGUUAAAACAAAUUAAAUAUAAACAGAUUAACACAUUUUAAAAAAGUGCAAAUGACCUCAAUGCAGAUGACUGGAAAAGAAGAAAACACAGUUACAUUACUGCACAUCUCAACAAUAAAAUGUCAGUCUGUAUGAAACAGAUGACUGCCACCAUCAUCUUGGCUUAAAUCAUUGUUGUGUUGUAUCACUUUUUGCCUCUGUUUGACAGCUGAAGGAAGACAUGAGAUGAGGCAGAAAAGACAUGGGGGGUGGGGUAGACAUGCAUCAAAGGGUGGGGACCAGCUGUGGACGAGGACAGUAGCCUCUGCAAAUACGACACCUGCUCGACCGACGGAGCUGAACCUGUGCCCCUUAUUUAUUCUUACUUCAACUUUGUCACAAUGUCCUUCCAGACAAAAGGCCAUCACAGAGAUAACCUUUACUUACAUGAAUGCAGUUUUCUGCUUUAUUUGCCUCCCUCAAGGUCUCACUGUACAGAUAAGCGUGGCCUUGCCUUUACCAAACGUAAAGAAACAGUUGAUGACCACCAGGAACAUUUUUUUGGUUUCCUUUAAAGAAUUGCUUCAGAAAAGUUCAAAGUUACCCAGAGUAAAUGGCAGCCGGUAUUUGUUCUCCUUCUGCAUACUCUCAAGAGGUUUAUCUUGGAACAGAUGUUUCUUGACUUUAGCACUGAAACAACUUUGAAGGUGAAGCAUUUUUAUUGAAACAAGACGUAGAAUUUUGUGGAACAUAAAGAGGACAUUGACUUCUUCACUGCUCAAAGGAGUAAUCUAAAUCAAUUUGCACAUCACAUCAUCGAGCAGGGGUGCGGCCACACUCCCUUGAAAUGGGUGGCCAAAUUCAGGGAAUGGCUUUUACAGCUUGAUGCUUAAUACAGUACAUGUGCAGUCAGUUGAUGAUACUUACCCUUAUAUCUUCAUUAUUCACACUUUAACCAAAAACAUUUAAGUAUCAAGAGGAUUUUGGACCCUGAAUCAGCAAAAACACUGAUACUUGAUCAUGUGUGGUUUGUUUUGUUUUGUUUCAUAGUAAGUUUACCAUAGAUAUUGCAUUAAUAUUGGUAUCAUGAUCAUUUUUGGCCUUGAUAAUAAAGUGAAAAUCUGAUAUUGUGACUAUUAUUAUUUUGGCAUCAUCCUUGGAGUGGCCACUCCUAUUUCAAGGUGGGCAUGAUCACCCCUGGCCACCCCUUAGAUCUGCCCAUGAUAUUAAAGUUACAUAUAAUUUCUUUAAUCACCUGAGAAAGUGAAGAAAACACACUCCCCAUCUACUGACUCAGUACUUAGUCCUUUUGCUUGAGCAUCAGCCAAACCUCCACUCUCCCACCACCCUUCCUGUGGUCACAGUUUCUACGUAAAAUCUCCGAACAUGAACUCAUAGCGAACUUGUAAUGUAGAAAACUCGCAAACCACAGUGAAUAGGGAUUGUCCUUGAAGCACAGAGGUGGGAGAGUAAUGAAGUUUAGCUCGAACAUAAGGUCACUGCCUGAGCGGUGAGUAAAUCAGUCAUUUAUUCCACAUAUUAUUUAGCUCAAUCCCUGCAAGGCUAAGUCAAUCUGACAGCUGAAUGAUGGGACAUUGUAAUCCUGAAACUUUAUUAUGCUCUAUGAUGUACUUCUUUCAAAUUUCAUACACUCAAGGCAUUUACUGAAAGCUUUUUAUCCAUAAAGCCUUUAUAAUGAGUGAAACAACCUUGAUCCACACAAAACACAAGGUUAGAGCUCCAUUACGGAAAAAGCAGUAACUAUAGUUUCCCUUUUUCGGAAUGCCUCUGUGAAUAAUUUGAUCAGAUUUGAAACAAAAGUGCCGGUUCAUGAUCAAAAAGUUCAACAUAAUUUGAGGGGGGAUGGAGGGACUUUUAGUUGCAUCCAAUCUGACUGGAGGAUUGAUAAGUUUGGGCUUUGUGUGACUUGGAUUUUUAUCAAUCCUUUAAACUGCAACAAACACACCUUUUCAUUCGGUAUUUCCAUCACAGCCAAACUCUCGACUAAGCCACAGCCCUCAGCAUUUAUAAAUGAAGCCAAUUGGGAAGAGCGAAAACUGCUGCUCCUUGAAUUUCUACUUAAGGGUUGUCCCCAGAAGCCAAAGAAAACCUAACAUCUAUUUCAAAAUAUUUGCAGCUAUAGAGGGUUCAGAGCUUUUUACUGCCUGAUAAAAAAAUGGUUUUGAUCUGAUGACUCAUUUCAUUAUUCUUACCAACUUUAUGGAGGCUGAGAUUUUCAUUGUGUUUAUGUUAAGGCUGAGAAUGCUGCAUUAUGUAGGAUGUGUAUCCAACGCAUUUCAUCGUGUUUUAAUUCCUUUUGCACCAGUUUUACAAUAUUUUUAACUAGAUAAAGGGUUUCAGAGCAGUUAGUACCUUCACUAAGUGGCAGCUCGGCUUGGAGACCCCAAGACCCCUUCUUAUCAUCUUACAGACAGUAUUAUUCUGCAGUUAUUUUAGUAGAAAAAGGCAAAAUGCAGGGAUACCAUUGAAAAUUGAGUUGAUUGUGUGUUCCCAGGCUGAUCAAUUAAGUUGUCAAUUGUAGGGGGGUAAACCAAGCCUUGAUCAACAGUGGUAGAAUACUAUUUUCUACUCAUUUCGUUGGCUCCUUUUUACUUUGGCACUGCCGCUCAUGUCAAGAAACAGCUACUUCUAAAAACCAGAGGAACUCGAUGGCAUAUUACUCCCAAGAGCAAAGAACAGCAAGUUGGAGAGCUGUACUUGAAACGAGAAUGAAAAGAGAAUGAAAUAUUACCCAGAGAAAAAGACGCAGAAGGAGCAAAGAUACGAUUCAGUGGAGAGAAAGUGACAUGAUAAAAAUUCUUCUCCCUAUCACAGAAGAUAGACUCUGACUUUAACUUUUGAUUACAGUUGGAAGGUCAUUUCAUCAUCGUGGAAGGUUGAAACCGAUGAGUGAUGACCAGCAGUCAUUUGUGGGGUAGAAAAGUAGCUGAAGGACUAUCAUGUAUGACUGCUCUGUGGCCUGGGCAUAUAGGAGCUUACAGAUCUCUUCAGUAAGCAACCGGCAGUGCUGUGAAUUAGAUAUGAGCAGCCAUGGGCAGCCAUCAGAGGGAGUUUGGAAGAAACUGAUGUGGGAGAAAUCAGGGAGGCUGAAGAUAGAAACAGGAGUGUUUAGGGUCACUUGUAGGGCAUGGAGGGAGGGUUACAUGACGUCUGUCCGGAGCUGUUUUCCAAACUUGAGUAAGGCUGUGAAGGGAGAGACAUGUAAGGGAGGGCCAGCUGACUUAUUCAGAUGUUUUGCAAGAGUUCAGUCUCCAUGGGUCAGAGCUCUACCAGUUUAAUGAACUUGUGCGCCCUCUUGAUCAAACUUUAACUUUAAAUCUUGCAGCUGUAGGGACUUUAUUGCGUUUCUAUCCCUUAUAGAUCGGCACUGUGGCUGCAAUAUCAAUGUGUGCAAUAGGAGUUUUAACCAAAAUAUGUAAUUUGUUAUUCUUUACUUCUGUUCUUAUACGGCUAAAUGUGUCAAAUCCAAGAAAAAAUGUCCAUAGGGACAAGCAUAUCGUAUGCUUUUGUGUGGUAUUAUAUCUUGGCGUGUUGUGUUGCAUCAUUUUGCAUCGAUUUGUGUUGAUUGUUUUAUAUGGUAUUGUAUUGUGUUCUGUUAUAUAUCUUAUCAUAGCUCAAUGUUUUGAAUCAUAUUCUACAUUAAUUGGCCAUAUCAUAUGAUUACUCAUCAGCUUUUAUCAUGUUAAAUACUUUAUAUCGCCUUGAUCAUGUCAUAUCACACAUACAUCAUAUGUAUCACAGGUAUCAAAUCACCUCGUAUUGUAUCAUAUAACAUUUUAUUGCGCCAACUCUUAUUGUAUUGUAUCAUAUAACAUUUAAUGCGCCAACUCUUAUUGUAUCAUAUGGCAAAGCACCAUAUUGUAAAAUAUUGCAUUGUACCAUAGUAUCAUAAUGUGUCAUAUCAUUUUGUAACUAGUUUUAACAUAAUAUACUGAACUGUACUGACUGGUAUUGUAACUACUGUAUUCCACUAUACCUAAAUAUACUAUAUCACACUGUAUUGUAUCCCACUAAAUAGCACUUCAGUCACAAGAUAGUUUGAGAAAACUGAAGAGCCAACCAGCUUUAUACUCAUCUCUAUGAUUGAUAUUUACACAUGAAUAUAACUAUCAGUGGAUUUGUAGAUGAUGUCUGUGAAUUUAAGGUCCAUGUUUGCAUCUGAAGUUAUAUAAUGAACCUUCAACAGUGACCGGUUACAUAGGAAGUCUUGACCUGGAUUUUUCUUUGUUUUGUUUUUCGAGGGGGGAUGCCUCAUGACUAAACCAAUAGACUCCAAAAUUUCAAGUGUUGCCCCAAGGCGCUUCAUUGUUAAUAAGUGCCUGAGAGGCUGUUUUGGGAGUAGAGGUCUCUUGGGGAGGAAGAGCGGCUUAUUCUCAGAAAGACUUAGUUCACAGGGAGAGAAACAGCCGACUUCUCCUGCCUUUGAGAUGAAUCAUAAGCAUGCAGGUUUCCUCACUUCUCUUCCAUCACUUAAAGGAAGGGGAGAAGGACUAAACCAGAACUAAGAGGAGAUGAGGUUCAAAGCCAAUAAGUACUCACCUCUGCUGUCCUAAUCAGUCUAUCUGUGGGGUGCAAACCAUCAUGGGCAGGACACAGAGAUCCCUUAGUCAGCAAAGGUGGCAGAAACUAUCUGCUUGACAUUGUCGAAGGUAAUUUAAAGGAUGCCUCAGUCACAGCUAAGAUCACAGGGAAAAUAAAGGAGGGUGCUGCCUUCAAGGCAAAAGCAUUUUCUUGAAAGAAAUAUUGCAUGAGCUCAAAGUCACUUUUAAGAGAAUCAAAAAGAAGUUCCAGGCUAUAGUUUAUGGAUGUACAUAUCUUAAAAGAGCUGGUGCACACAUCAGUUCUGAAUAAACACCGCCACAGAAAGUGGGUUUAGUGUUGCAUACAGGUUUGGUCUGACGAUUUCAGAGAAAGUAGACAUGUUAGUUUUCUUAAAUUGACUGAAGUAUUUUUUGAUCUUGCAGAUUGCGGUCAAUGUUCUUGGCAGGUGAGCGUUGUGAUGUGGAGACGCUAGAAUGGGCAAAGAGGAGCUUUGGGGUUCCUAUCCUGGAUCACUGGUGGCAAACAGGUAGGUUUACUUUGCUUGUUAAGUAUUAUUUAAUUUGUACAAAUAACAAAAAUACACAAAAAAGAAUAUUUCACAGACAAAUAGAUAAAAAGUAGUAUUCUUAAGAUUGGUGCCUCUAAACCACAUCGACCAUCUUUUUUGUUUGAAUUUUAUGUUUUUAUGCUAACCUAAUCAGUGUGCUCUUUUUAAAUCAACUUCUCAUCAACAAAUUCACAGGAAUCUUGUGCUUGAUACCUUGGGCAUCUCAACAGAUUAAAUUAAAGUUUUAGACAAAUCCUUGUAGGUUUUCUUUCCACUAAAGAUAAAAAGAUUUGUCUCAUUCAAUCUGAGUCGUUUUACAUGAGUUGUUGGAUAAACAUUAGCACCCUUCAUCAAUAAACUAGAAUUUGAAUGAGAGAAACAAAACUUGUGUCAUCUGCAAAAUGUUCGAGGUGAAAAAAAACCUGAAGCGUUGAACGAAUCAUGAAUACAGAUAUAGGUAACAAAUAUAGAAAGCCCCAGAAUAGACCCUUGUGGAACGCCACAGGUUUUUGAUGACAUGGAUCAGAGAAAUCUGAAUCUGAAACAUUAUUUUCUUUGAUCAUGCCCAGCUUGGCAGGAUAUUGAAGUAAAUCUAGGAUUUAUUUGUCUGAUCAGAUUCUGAAUGACAUUAGUUUUUGCCAACAGUUACCAACCGUCCUUGGCAGUCAGGUGAAAAGUGACUCUGAAAAACUUGUGGCUAAAUCUCAUACAGUGUAGAGUGUUGUGAAAAAUAGGUGGUUUUAGAGAUACAAGGUUUCUGCCCAACUGCAGCAAUAUUUGACAAGAAGCACCAAAUUGGAACAGCAGUGUGUUUUGUUCAAUUGUUAUUUUUCUCUGUGUGUUUUGGAGCAUGACUGAACAGCAGAACCCAGCAUACAGCCUGAGAAGUGCAUGUUCCCCAGUGUUGCAGGAUUUGUGGUGGAGAAUGCACAAAAAUGUAUCCCCUAACAUAUGCUACUUGAGAAAUUGCCUUUUGCACUUUUAAUUAUCUCACUUUAGUAGUUAAGUACUUUAUCCUCAAACUUCAGGGAUUAAGUUCUUAUGAUACGGAUACUGGCAAAGCUUUUCAAGGACCUCAAGUGCUUAUUAGCGCGAACUGUAUAUGAUGUUUUAAUUUAACUUGAUCUUUCAGACUCAGUCUCUGCUUCGGCUUAUCAGUGUGGGAAGACUAUAGAAGUGGUAAAUUUAGUACAAUGAGCGUGAUUUAACCUUGUGAAGAGGCAGAACAUCAGAAAAUCAGUUCUUCCCUGAAGCCUUUUGUCAUUAUGAAGCACUUUUUAUCCUACAUUACUGAUUAAUCACUUCUAGUUUAGUUUCAUAGACCAUGGGAUUGGCUCCCUUCGACUGGAGUAGUUUUGACGUUAAAGACCACUCAGUUUUAAUUUCCAACUAAUUGUCUCUGGGAAUAGAUCAUCACACAAAAAUGAAGUGUCAUGUUCUCACCAGAUGUUUGGAUCUUAAUUACAUGGGGGUGUGUGGAUAACUCACCAGUAUAAGGAACUCAAAAUGAGAGUCAUGACUACAAGGGACAGUGCUAAAAAAGAAAAUAGAGAGACUCCAGUAACCAUGACAAUAAUCUAAUAUCUUGACUUUUUCCUUGCGUACAAACACGCUUAAAACAUUCAUUAUCCAUAUCACAGCAGCAGUAUAGUAGAUACACUCACUCUAAAGUCUGCCAGCGGAGAAAAACUCCCAGGGAGCAUUCAAACAAGUUUGAUUGGCAUUGCCUUCUAACAAGUUCACGAACAUUUAAUUGAUUUUGCAUCCAUCUGAGAGGCUGAGUGACUGGCCAGGAUGUAAAGACUUGUACGCUUGGCAACAAGAUAAAGGAAAAUAACAAUUACUGGCACCUCAGUGUACACCUUGUCCAUCAUUUCAGGAGGUGAAAUUGCUUCCCUUCUGAAGCCUUCUUGGAGUUUACUCCUUUACAUAUGGUAAAAUGUGAAAUAUAAGUCGCAGCAGUAUGUGAAACCUGUGGCCCUAUUUGAACGAUCUAAAACGCAUAGUCUAAAGCAUAUGGUGCAAAGUGAACUGGGGCCUGCAUGGAGGCAUUUUGCUAGUUAAACAGUGCACACCAUGGGUGCUAAGUGAGGCGCAGAUUACAACACAAUCAGUGUGUUUGCUCUCAUUCCCUGAAGUGCCAGGUGAGGUUGCUCUUCACACAGCAGAUUUCAGCUUCUCUAACUAAAAACAUUGGGCUCCAGUUGGCACAUUAAACUUCUCUCCAGCAAUUGUUUUUACAAAGGAAAGGAAAAACACAAACAGAUCAUUGUUUGAGUUUUAUAUACUGAUGCUUUAACACUGAAACUAUUCCUGUGCACAGUAGAAACAAUGACUUCACUUGAGUCUUUUAAUCCUGACCUCCAGAAUAAUAUUAGUAUAGCACUCUGUAGAUUUCCACUGAAUCAUUAUUAGAGAAAUGUGAAGUUAAUCUGCCUUUUUCCUUUUCCUCUUUAGAUUCAAUCAACACAGCCCACCUGUUGGUAUUUUGCUCCAGUGCACUCCUGAUUUAUGGGUUGCUCAUAGAGGUUGUUCAGUAUUAAUUUGAAAGACUUGCCGGGGCAUGCCUCUUGACUUGCUGUAGAUUAAACACAUUAGGAUAAGUUUACAAUUUUCUAAAAGGUAUUUAGCCCCUCUUUUCUUCUGCAUCAAGUACCACAAUGCCAAUGCUUUGCCUCUCCUCUUAAUCCCGUAAAGUCCUCUCAGAGUAUCAGUGAACUAUGAUUAAUGUGUCAGCACCCACGAAAAAGAACAAUUGGGCGUCACUUUGUUUGGUAAUAUCCUGCCUGAGCGAAGUGGCGGAUCAAUGCGGGACAAGACGACAUCUCUGUGGUAAAUCUGGAGUCAAUACUGUUGUCGGGCCGCUGGAGAGCAAUCGACCUUGAGUUUGUUUGCAGCACUCUCUGAUCUGAUUGUAGAUUAGCCCCCUCAGCUGAUUGGUGUGUAGUCCAAUGAGAGCGUGAGAAACUCGAUACUCCAGUAUCGGAAAAAUACAAACCAUCUAUCCAGGAUCUUAAGUUCAUGAGCUCUAACCUUACUCUAUGAUAUUCAUGUGUAUAUAUUGAAUUCUGUCUGAAAGCUUCAUCCUGUAGGGUCCAUAUUUUAAACUGAAUACCUUAUAGCAGGUUUUUAAGGCACUUGAAGGGAUUUUUAAAGGGAUAUUCCGGUGUAAAAUUAAGUUAGGGUCAAACACACCGUAACACUGAAUUUGACACCCCCUUGAGAGAUGAAUGUUGCCGACUGCCUGCUUCUCUAGUUAUACCAACUUUAGUAAAGACUGCACGAUAGCAAAACACAGCGGUCCCAGGAGCCACUCUAUAGCCACAAAUAAUGCUCAGAACAACACCUAACUUCAUCAACAGUACAUAUAGGGUCCAGCCAUAGUACUAGCCACCAAACAUCUUUUAACUUUGCCUGAUUUCUUUAGCAAAGAGACUAAACAAAACUCACCUACUCUCUUCCAGCAGCCGCUUGUUUGUAGGGAGACCUUGGACGAGGCCAUCACUGACUGCAGCGGGGUGACGCAGCUCAAGGAAGAACAUUUAUGAUCAUUAGUUUAUCAUUUCCUUGAAGUAAGAAUCAUCAUAUUAAUCAUUUUGCACUGCAGACGCGGUAGUUCUUCUGCCUUAGCAUCUCGAUCUGUUUGUAUUUCCAUGAAGAAACAAUCAUAAAUGUUCUUCCUUGAGCUGCGUCACCCCGCUGAAGUUAGGUGCUGUUCUGAGCAUUAUUUGUGGCUAUAGAGUGGCGUUUCAGUCGAGGUGUUCGCUUGGCUCCUUAGACCACUGUGUAUCGCUAUCAUGUGGUUGUUACUAAAGUUGGUGUAACUAGAGAAGUAAGCGGUCGGCAACAUUCAUCUCUCAAAGGGGUGUCUAACUCGGUGUUACAGUGUGGUUUACCCUUACUUAAUUUUACGCUGUACUAUACCUUUAACUGGCUGACAAACAACUGUUAGCAAUGCCCCUUUAUAACUCUCAAAAGUAUAUGAGGCCAUCAGUAACAAGGCUUAUACUUUCUCUGUAGUAAUUUUUAAUAAGUAAAAACACUGUGAGGGGGUCAGACCAAAUGAUUGACAGUAGGCUGAAAAUAAAUAUCCUUUUCUUUUUAUUUAUACAGCAAGAAACAAGAGCGAGUGAUACAGUUCAUCAUUACAAGAUAACAGGACACUUUCAUGUGGUCAGGAAGUAUAUAUACUAUAUCUCUUUGCCAACAGAGGGCGCCAAUAUCAGCACAUAUCAAAAGUCCCAUACAGCAGCUUUAAAUACACAAAACCAGCCAUUUAAGUGCAUGCAUCAUAUACCAGCCAUGACUCUGCUGAAUGUUUUCCCCUGCUCUCAACUCUCAAGAAAGGCAAAAUUGACCAACAAAUAAACCUAAAAUCCACAAAUCCCAAAAAAGAUUGCCUCAGAAAUAAAAGCAACCGUGAUCAGUCUAGUUAGUAAUAGACACAAAAUGACUCAGGGAUGCAUGAUGUGUUGUAUUUUUGUGGAAUAUUUUGCUCUGAAUUUUGGUCUUUUCGUAGAUUCAGAGGUAGUUGGAGGUGUUAAGGCUUACCACUGAGCUACAGUAUUAUAAAUCAGCAGGGUUCAGGGCUAUUAUUAGACGUGUUUACUAAUGUUUUCUCAUUCAUAGAGGGGGCACACAAAGGUCUGUUGAGGAAAUGCUGCCAUAAGCAUUGACAUCCACGCAUCCUUAUCCAGCAGCAGGUUCACGUAGAGUUAAAAUCAAUCAUGAUUCACAAGCAGCAAUAACAGCAGAGAGUCCCCCUCCCUGUGGGGUUCUUACGCUCAGUUUAAAUAUCCAUACACUAAUCUUUAAUUAUGUAGGGCGUAGGAUGAGCCUUAUUUGAGCAGAGCGGGGGAGUGUGGGGAUAAAUGUAGGCAGUAAUGCACACAGGCAAACAGGAUUUUGACAUUUGCAAGCCUUUAGGUGCUUUGUGAUUUAGCUGUUUACUCUAAAAAAUCCCUGUCCUUUCUACGUGCGCCUCCUUUUAAGAUCGAGUCUGACUGAAGGCACACACGGUUGGACUUGGCUAAACUUUCACUAGCCUGAGAUGUUGAUUCCCACCCCUCUACUUUAACACAGCGGUGUUUGUUUCACAGUGGACUUUGAAUCUCACUUCCUCUCAUGUUCACACACACACACACACACACACACACACACACACACACACACACACACACACACACACGAUUCCUAACAAAAAUCCCGUCACACUGUGUGGCUCCCCCAGCCAGGUGAUUUAUUGAGUUGGAGAAAAAAAAACCUCUGGCGCCCUCUUGAUUUCUGUCUCCAUGUGUAAAUCCCAUUGGAUUCUUCACCCCCUGCUAAACUCAAUAACUGGCAGCUGGCGGCCAGCGCUGCAAUCCAAAUGUGUUCCCCGCUUUUUCACGCUACAGCAGGUCACUCCCGCUCCUACUUGCUUUCACACUCUCUCUCUUUGUGAGGCAGUCUGACUUGAAAUGUGUGGGUGACAGAAACUCUGCCCUCUUAUACAUAUUCAUUAAAACAUUGUUAGUUUGACAUUUCUUUCUAAAGUUACAGAGGAAGAGCAGGAACAGUUCAUUUGUCUGAAGCUGCCGAGGGGAAACAACUGUCUCAUUUUGAAGUUGAAUCAUUUAUAGGGUUCAGAUUCCUCACUGGAGUUGUUGAUCAUGGAAAUAUUAUCAGUCCACUGUUUGUUCAAAUAAAACUUGAGACACUAAUGAGAUGCAUUGUGAUGAAGUUGUCAAGAUAUCUUUGGAAGUGGCUGUGGCUCAAUGGUAAAGUGGUUGUGGAGGCGGACAUACUUAACCUGGUUGUCACCUGGUUCCUCUGUAGAUGGACAAGGGCAGCAGUCCAGUGAUUUGCCUAAUUGAGCGAUAACCAUUGUUCGACUUAAAGGCAUGCUGUUCAUGAUUGUCAUGUUGAGUGAAAGCACUAAGUGGGACUGCCCAACUGUGAUCAAAACCCAGGUGCAUGUUGAACAGUAGGUUAACUGUCCUUAAAGGUAAUGAUGAUGAAAUACUUUCUAUGGUCAGCUGUGGUACAUAUUAAAGGGAUAUUCUGGCGUAACAUUAAGUUAGGGUCAAACACACCGUAACACAGAUUUAGACACCCCAUCGAGAGAUAAAUGUUGCCGACCGCUUGCUUCUCUAGUUAUACCAACUUUAAUAACAAUAGCUCGAUAGCUACAGAGAGCCACAUGCUCAACCAAAAAGCCACUCUAUAGCCUCAAAUAAUGCUCAGAACAGCACCUAACAUCAUCAACAGUACAUAUAGGGUCCCAGCCAUAGUACUAGCCACCAAACAUCUUUUUAAUUUUGCCAAAUUUCUUUAGAAAAGAGACUAAACAGAACUCACCUACUCUCUUCCAGCAGCCGCUUGUUUCUACGGAGACCUCUGGCAAGUCCAUUACCGAAGCGGGGUGAUGCAGCGGUGGUUCUUCUGUCUUAGUGUCUUGAUCUGAUUGCAUUUUCACCAAGAAAUGAUCAUAAAUGUUCUUCCUUGAGCUGCGACCCCCUGCUGCGGUAAUGGACUCGCCUGAGAUCUCUGUACAGGCGGGCGGCUGUUGGAAGAGUGUAGGUGAGUUGUGUUUAGUCUCUUUGCUAAAGAAAUCAGGCAAAGCUAAAAAAAUGUUUGGUGGCUAGUGCUGUGGUUGGGACCCUAUAUGUACUCUUGAUGAAGUUAGGUGCUGUUCUGAGCAUUAUUUGUGUCUAUAGAGUGGCGUUUUGGUUGAUUGCGUGGCUCCUGGGACCGCUGUGUAUUGCUAUUGCGAGGUCGUCACUAAAGUUGGUAUAACUAGAAAAGCAAGCGGUCAGCAACAUUCAUCUCUCAACGGGGUGUCUAACUCGGUGUGUUUGACCCUAACUUCAUUUUAUUCUGGAAUAUCCCUUUAACAUGUACCACAGCUGACCAAAGAAAGUAUUUCUUCAUCAUUGCAUUGCACAAGCUCUGGGCUCUUUGCUCAUUGGACGGUUGCAAUCUUAAGCCCAUGAGAUUGCUACUAGUGUUGCUAGAAAAAUUGUUGCUCCAGAAAUACCAAGCUCCCAUUGCUAAGCUCACCAGAGAGACAUGUGGCAGCUCUGAGGCUGAAUUUUCUGCUGAGAAAUUCCCCGCUGCACACAGGCUUGUGGGUCAGAAUAGCCAAAUAGGAAUGACUUACAGGAGGCUGUGACUAAAUAUUGCACACAUUUUUGGUAUUUCUUACACUUUGUAUUUGACACACAUGCACUGAGAAUCAGUAAAUCUAUUUCUGUAUCACCAUGUAGUGUGGAACAACUGGGACUGGAUGCAGCACCUCAAACACAUGAAAGCAAAAGGUGUGAAGGAAAUCUAUUGGAGUUGAAUGACUGUAAUAGCUGUAAGAAAAAGUGUUAAAGGGGUCUAUAAUGAUGUGUUCUGGGUAGUUAGAAAUACCAGCUUUUUACAUUGACUCGCUGAUGUCAGAGAGGCAUAACAAGCAGUGUGUUUACAGUUUCCCUCUGUCUGUGCCGAGUUCAUGAGUCACCCUGUUUGGAGCGUCACGCUGCUCUGUUCGACCGUCUCUCUGGAGACAGGACAUCCAUCAAGCAACUCUUAACAAUGUCUCCCCCUUGACAACUCUCCUUCAGCAACGGCGGGGGAAACAACUUGUUCAAUAGCGAGCAGUUUAGGAUUCAAGGCUCGUUUAGCCGUCACAGAAAUGAGAGGCAGGCUCCUACUUGAGAAACUCAUUAUCAUCACACACCUGAAAAGCAAAGCUAGUCCGCAUCUGCUGGCCUCUAACACAAAAUCAACUCAUUUUUCAAACUUGUGACAGUCUUUUAGUCCCUCUCUUACAAAAUUGGUUUUCAUCUAUAAAUAUUGAUAUACCUGCCUCGCUACUUGUUCAGAGCUUUGCUUGUUCUAGUCACCUGCAGAAUAGAAAGAAACAGAAGAGGAUCAAUCACUGGUGUGGCUGCUCAUAAAUCCUUUGAGCUGUGUGCUUGUAAUCCUGGAGUGUAAUAUUGAGCAGCUGAAAGUUGUAAUCGAUGGUUGGAAAAGGUGCACCAUGAGUAAUGAUGGGUGGAGGUGGAAAAUAAAAUGGGACACAGAAAGUUUAAAUGAAAGUAUUAUUAGUUUUCUAGGGUUUGGCUUACAGAUUAGAAAGCUACCAUGGGGCUUAGUGAUGUGACAAAAACAUCUUCACAACAAUAUCAACAUCUCUCAGUGGAUGAUUUGAUUGUGUUGCCAGUUUAGGGAGUAUCAUCAAAAUAAAACAAGCCAUAAAAACAUAAAGGCUUGAUAAUGUAAUACAAAUGCUUUUACACCAAAUGCGGAUUACACUUAAAGUCAAUGUAAGGAUACAAUUAAAUGCGAGUUCUUGACAAACUUGCAAAUAAUGUAAAUGAGGUGGAGUGAAUAGCGCGAUUUGAGCAGAUUGUAUGUGCAAUUGAUGCAAAUUCGCAAAUGUGUUCAAAGUGCCUCAUUUCAUUAACUUAUGUACGAGAGUUAAACAAUCAGAACUUGGGUGAAUAGAUUGCGAUACGAUAGCCAAUCAGCAGGGAGAUUUCCUGGUGUUGUAUGUCAAUGACAAAUCAGUGAAGGUUUAAUCAUUGGGAAAAUGGAGCAUAAACCAAUCCUUAAAGUACAAUUUGUUCCUAAUAUCAAGACAGCAUACAUACAUGCAAAUGUAGCGAGUUCUUCAUGUGAUUUAACUGAGAAAACACACAACAUCCAGGAGACCAAAUAUACAUGAAUUAAGUCACAAUCAUUUAUUUAUUUGGUGGAAACACAACAUUAAGCAGACUUUUGAGUCCCUAACCCAACCUAACCUAAUCCUAACCUAACCUAACCUAACCUAAUCCUAACCUAACCUAACCUAACCUAACCUAACCUAACCUAACCUAACCUAAUCCUAACCUAACCUAACCUAACCUAAUCCUAACCUAAUUUAACCUGACCUAACCUAGCCUAGCCUAACCUAACCUAACCUAACCUAACCUAAUCCUAACCUAAUUUAACCUAACCUAACCUAACCUAACCUAACCAAACCUAACCUAACCUAACCUAACCUAACGUAAUCACAACCCUGAAGGUUACCAAAUAGGAAAUGCUCACUCAAGAUAACUUUUCUUUCUGAAAUUUAAGACUUAAAUUUCUUAAAAAUUUUAAAUUUUAAUAAGAGGUCUAAAACUUUAGUUUAAGAUUUUCAUUGUCCUCCUGCAACAAUUGAGAUCUCAUUAGACGUUAGACCUACUCUUCCUAACCAACAAGUUUUGGUUGAUCACAGACCAGGACAAGUGGAAGGUUAGGGGAAACCCUUGCUCUUCUGUUCUGGACUUGUAAUAACAAUCUGAGUCUGUCAGCGAUGAAAUAGUGCAGUUUGAAGACGUAGAAUUGCCUGGUCAGCUAUGUAUUAGCUUGUUUCACAGCUGUGGGCUGCUCUGCUCUCUCUCAAUACUGGACCAAUUUCCACUUUAAUCAGAUCUACACUCCCUAGAUCCUUCAUUCACUCUGAGAUCUCAUAUGGUUUUCCAUCAUCAAAAUUGGACUCAUCAUGGUUUUGAACCUCUUGAUGGGAAAAUAAUCAGCCGUGAUGUACGUCUUUUAAGAAGCAGGUUUGACUGUUUGUAGACAGAAUUGAUAACCGUACUGCACUAUUGACACGUUGAUACGGCAACAACACCUCAACAGAGUAGCUACACCUUUUAGAUUCAUACCAGGUUUAAGUAUCUUUGGUAAAUUAUUAAAACUUUGCUAUGACUUUGACCCAGAAUACCUUUAGGAAACGACAAAAUCCAACUGAUAUUACAAAUCCUUGAAUAAGCCGACAAGUUUACACAAGGUCAUUUUUUAAAUCUGCUGGGAACGUUUAUAAAAUAUGUCCUUGGAGAUGUGGUGGAGCAUAUCAGACGUCUGACUCAUUGAGGGAGCCUGUGUCUGUCACUGACAGCUGAAAAAAAACACAACAUUUAUUCAAAAUUCCUUUUGAGUUUAAAGUUUCCCAGCUGAAUUAAUAAUAAAUAAAGAAAAAUGUUUGUCACUGGAUUUGCUUUGUGUUUAAAAUACUUUUGAACCUCUACCUCCACCCAGCUGUCUCAGACAAAGCUUUGAGUGUUUUCUCCAGCUCCUCAGUGUAAAGCUGCUUUAUCAUCACUAUAGACUCCUUUAUUUAUCAACAGAGAGUGUGUCUGUGCGUGUGUGUCUGUGUUUAUGUUUGUGUUUUCCUGCUCCUAACGGAAGCAUCAUGUAUUUCAUUAUCUUCAAUAUCAUCUCCCUACACUGGGAAAACUUGAUCAGCCGUGCCAGACACAUAGCUCUGAAAAGAUUAAAAAAAAAGAAAAAAGGUCAGGUUUUGUUUUGUAUUGUUCUCCCAUCCAAAUCCAUGAGGCAUUCCUUGCCUCGCUGCCAACUGCGUAUCGUCACUGAUUGGUAAACAGCAGCGUCACACAAACAGCUAGCGGCAAUGCUAACAGAGUUCUCCUUGGAGUAACAGGAGGCCCUGAAAGAGAGUCAGCUGACACAAAACAGACACUUUUCCAUACUGGUGGUCUGAUCGAAAGCAGCAUCAGAGGUCCUGUUAUGUAGAAUAAUACAGCACUGAUGAAGAUAUCCUCUGAUUGGAUGAUGUUUCUAUACAAUUAGAUAUUCUUCUAAAAGGUGGGGUAGGCAGGAAUCCGUUAAAGAAGCAUCUUUUUUUGUGGUGUAUAUACAAAAAAAGCUUUUAAUAUCAGUCAAUAGCUAUUAGUCAUUGAUGAAAUUUGGUAAUAUAACAAUAUCGCUGUGUUUUGUUAUGUCUGAGUAGUCAACAUUUUAAAAUUCUUGAGCGGCCCGCUCUUUCUAACUGUAGACAAAGCCAUUCUCUGCCUCCCCCAACCUGAUUGGUUGUAAGGCAGAUGCUGCUCCCCCAUGUUGUGAGGCACGCUCCACUAACGUUCACAAGCCCAAACAAAGUUAGCGUGCAACAAUAUCAGACAGUAGAAACCAACCAGAAACUACGAAAUAUUGUCUGAAUCCUCCUUUGGCCACGACCGCCAACACAAGCAAUAGCACGAAGUAAAUACCAGGGACUCUGGCAUCUAUGGGGGAGGCUUUGACAAAGUAAGCCAAGUGUCUGUAACAGUCUGUUGGCAUCUACAGUAGCACCAAUGCUUUUUACUUUCAUGUUGACUGGGCCCCAUUUGUAAUUCUCUUAAGUAUUUAUCUGCAUUAUAUCUGAAUUUAAUUGGAAAGAUACGAGCGAGCAGGAGCGUCUGUUUGUGGGCGGGGCUUGCUGGAGCAGAGACGGAGGGGAGAGGAGGAGCUGAGGGGAAAACUGGUUGAGAGGGGUAGAGUUUACAUUUAAGAUUUCUCCCAAAAACUGGCACUUCCUCAGAUCCUGCCUACCCCACCUUUAAAUGAAGUUCAUCUCAAAGCGAGCUUUCAGCAGACAAAUACUAAAUAACGAAAAUUCACAACAUAGGAAUAAUGCAACAAGGACAAAGUGCUGUAACAUUAGGAUAACAUUUACAUUAUAUAUUAUAUAAAAUUGAUAAAAAUAUCAAGUUUGAAUAUUAUUAUAGUAUAAAUAUAUAUGUAUAGUAUAUAUAGAUAUAAUGUAAAUAUAGAUAUACAGAUGAUGUGUAUGUGUGUGAAUGCAAAUAAUAAUAAAGACUCAUAAUAAAGACUCAUCUUUUUAAUCAGGCUUUUAAUUGACUAGUUUAACUCUUUUAAUCUCUUUUAUGCUCACUUUUAUUGUUUUACUAAUUAACACUUUUUAUUACCGUUCUAUUUUAUUCUUUAAUCUAUCAAUUUUAUUAUCAUUAUUUUUAGUCUAGCGUGUUUUACAGUGCACAGAAUCAUUUUAUCUUACAUUAUUUACUGGGUCUGUCUUAGCGAUUACAGUUUUAGUUUCUAUACUUUUAUGUCUUAUUUUAUUCUUUUAGUCCCUCAGUUUUUCCAGUGUUUCCUCCUGGGGGCUGCUUCACCGGGAGCGGGUUCUGGUCUGUUGGUGGGGGCGCCGUUCUGGGGACAGCUCUGGCCCGGGUGGAACCAGAGAGCUCUACACCUUGGUGCGGAGCCUCCUGUCUGCCCGGGCUGGUGGUCCCUGUGACGGCGCCCCCUGCAGCAGCAAUGGGCCGGGAUGCCUCCCGGUCGACGUGGCCCCCAAAGGUAGCGUCUUCCUCACCUCAGAUCUCAGUGCCCAGUCAUGUCUCCUCACCAUCAGCUGCUAACUGUGUAGAUGCGUAUGUAUGUGAAGUUGUGUGGGUGGAAUUGUAUGUCUAUGUUCACGGGUGUGUGUAUGGGUAUAAUUGUGCGGGUGGGAGGUUUGGGAUUUUCUUGGGGAUUUUAAUGUUUCAUUUUGUUUUUAUGCUUUGUAAGGCACUUUGUGUUACAACUUUGUAUGAAAAGUGCCAUAUAAAUAAAAUAAAGUUGAAAGUUGAAAGUUGAAAUAGAAAUUCAAGUUAAAACUGUAUCAUUUGUUCUUUAUUCAUUAUACUAGAUAUUGCCACAUAAUGGAAUUUACAUUCGUUAUUUAGGACUGCCUAUUGACUGCACACUGUUACAGUUAAAUACAGCCACAUUACAGCUGCUGUUUCAUUUUCACUGUUAUUACCAGCACCCUUACAUGGCACCUUUGAAAUAACACAGACGUGUUUAUGUGUGUAUUUGUUUCUAUUCUUGUCAUGUUUUCCAUUAAUUCUAAGGUUUGAGUGUUUACAUCCCAACAGCAGACUCAGUAUUUGUUGAACAUACAUUGUGAGUUGGUGAUUAUACGUAAAGCCGAGUCUUUCCUGAAAUAUUUAAUUGCACUAACAAGCUUACUGACGGGACUUUGACUGAUUUGCCCAAUUUGGCUCCUUGAUGAGUUUUUACUCCGCAGUGUUUGGCUCAUGCAGGCGGGAUUAGUUUCCUAACAUGGAAAGGAAGUGUUAGGUGUGCUUGUUACUCCCAUGCGCAGUGGGCUCAAUCAUUUUUCAGGCUCCUGCUGUCGUCGAAAUCGCUGAUUCAUCCUGUCCUAUCAAGCUCACAGGACCCCACACAGCUUUCUUCAUUACCUGAUUUCCUCCUAUGCAUCUCCCUUCUUACCUUUAUUAUCUCUUUAUUGUUCAUGAGUUCCUGCUUCUUUCUUCUUUCUCAUCCAUUAAAAACCACCUGCUAACCAUAACCCCCCCUGAAUAAUCAAUAUACCUUCAUAUCCAAACCCCUCUCAAACCCCCUGAAGCCACAGACAGCUCAGAUCAUGUGCAUAUGAGAGAGAAGUCUGCCAUUUUGAGGCCUGAUAAUAAUCUCUGCGCUAUUUUAAGACCUAAGUGCCACUGGCAGGGGGCGGAGGAGGGUGAUGAUGAAGGUUGCUGAUGUCACUGGUGUUGCCAGGCAACAAAUGUGUGUUUCCAGUCAGCAGGGUUUGGCUGGCUCACGAGCGAGCGCCAGCAUACGGACAUACAGUAGUGAUUUUCGUGUCUCUCUUUGUUAGUCUUUGUUCCUCUGACUCUCUCAGACAGACAGCAGCUGCGCACGGAUCAAAUUAACUUAAAAAAGUGAACUGGACCUCCUCAAAGCACCUGUCUCGUCAAAUAAAUUGCAGAAUAGACUUUUUCCCCUGCUGGCCUUUGCUGAGUACAGACAGCGCAGGCACAAGAUUGUUUUUCACGCAUCUUCCCCUCUCCUCCGGGAGUUAAAGUCAGACGGUCUGUGAAUGACAGUUUUACAGGCUCCCCUGAAAACUUCAUCCUCCCACUGGAGGAUAACAGAAGCUUUUAAAUCGCAGCGUUCACAAACUCAGCACACAGGCAGAGAUAUAUGAGAGCAGGGGUUAAUAAAGAAUCCUAACCUGGAGCCAAAAAACACAGCAGGGAUAUUACGUAUUAGAUUAAAUCUGAAUAUCCCUUCACCUGCUGGGUUUUUGUUUCACAAGAAGCUUCAUAGUGAAAAUAUUAACCCUUUCAUGCCUGAGUCUGUGCCGCUACUUUGACAGUAAAAAAAAUAUAUAUAUAUAUGUAUAUGUCCUGAAAAAGUUUUAACACAAACCCAUACUGUUAGAAAACACAACUUUUCCCUGAUUUGAGAUGCGUGCUCAGGAAUUUCUUGGGCCGAUAACUUAUCAGAUAGUUUAUGUGCAUGAGGGUAUAAAGACUAAGAUUUCAUGAUUAAAGUUGCCUAAGCUGAGUCCACUGAAUGAUAUAUAUCACGACUUUGACACCUCAAAAUACUGAACUUUGAUAGGCUGUUUGCCUAGACUUGAUGUUAAAUUAUUAAAAAAUCAAAAUCUACUCAGAUUAAAAUGAACCUCUUAAGUGUGGUGUGUAGAUUUCAGUGCAGCACUUUUCCUGUUAGCACUUAAAAUACUGACUUUGGGCAUAUAUCUUUAUAAUAUUAAAAAUAUUAUUAAAAAUUAUAAUACAUAAUAUAAAUUACAAUAAUAUAAUGUCUUUUUAUUAUAAAUAUCUGUAUAAGACUCUAAAUAUUUAAGCUGAGGAAAUGUAACUCAAAUGUUUACACUUUAACUGACCUCAUGUUUACAUUUAGUCUGAUAUGAAAUAAAUGUGGUAGUACCUUUUUAAUUGACCCAGCCCCUUCAUUUUAUGACUACAAAGAAUUUCCUUUCACUGUUCAUUUAAAAUAUGAGCCUUGACUUGAAUUCACCUCACACAGACAUGAGACUGGACUUUGGUUUGACAACAAUGGCAUACCACAGUCUCUGAUACAUCAUGUAGGGUUUUCACACAUCAGUAUUGUUUGUUACACCUCUUUGCUAUAGCCUAAAAUCCCUCUUUCAGUGAUUUAUUUCUCCUGUUUUUGAUUUAAAUAACACUUUUCGUUCUAAGCACUCCCAUAGCAUUAUUUCUGACAGCUACAUUAUUUUUUGAGUCUUUGAAAUUUGUACGUUUGUGACACAAAGUGGAAAGUUUUUAUUUCAAGAUGAUAAGAGUUGCUCGCCCCCUUAAUUCACACUUCUUUCUCACUUUUGAUAAUAAAGAUUUCUACAGUGUUUAAGGUUUGCGACAAGAUCAACACCCCCACGGUUUCAUUUCCCGUCAGUGAAAAACUACAUUUCAAAGAACAUUCAACUCAACACCCAAAGUGAACAUUUGCUGUUUCCAACUGUAUAAAAUAAAAAUAGCAAAGAGGCCACUAACUUUUACCCUUACCUUAUCAGUAUUCUUUGCUGUCUGUCUUCUCUACAUUGACUGGUCCCUCGGCUUCCCCCUUUUUAAGAAACAAAUCAGAAAAACAUUAUUUUUCUUUAAAAUAGUUCCUGAAUCGUGUCACCCUGACGGCUGACACUGUUUCCCACCUUGGAGAGAUGCGUGGGAGCUGAGGCUUUCUACCUCAUGUCAUUCAACACCAUGCAUGAAAAUAAGCUCCUGUUGCUUCCUGGGUCUCAUUACGUGGCUGCAAAGACAGUGGCGCAGAUGUCUCGGCUCUUGUAAUUACAUCUCAGAGAGGCGAGGUGCCAGGUUUGCGUUACCUCGUUGUUUACUGCGGGCUGCUGUCCUCGGCUCUCUAACCUGGGAAUACUUCUGGCACUCAUUCCAGGCCCAUUGUUGCAUUCGUCUGCUGAGGUUUGGAGGCAGAGGAUGGGGGUCUUUCAUUAGCAAGUUAAGUAGUGGAUUUGUAUGCAUAAACUUGGCUCCGAGCAGAUGAGCCGGGCUGUCUGCAAAGCGAUAAGGGAGGCAGUGUUUUAGCUGAUGGAAUGAAAUUAUCCCUCCAAGAGUCAGAGUUGUAAAUGGGCAAGCACAAUAGAUACGCAUGAAUGUGUGCGCGUGUGCAAGUUAUCUCAGUUUUUAAGUCUAACUUUGGUGGGCGGCACACCCAUCCUCAUGCAGCUGCUGUUACCUGCCCUAAUUCACCCACUCCCACACACUUUACCCUCAUUUUUCUCUCUUACCUUUUUUAGCGCGUUGUUAUUCUUCUUCAUUUUAACAUUCAGCCCAAUCAGAAGAGUUUGGCUUUAAAAACUUUUGUCUUUCAUCUUGUGUUUGGCCCCUCAGGAGACUGCCACACGGUCUAAAUUGUUAAAGUUUUAUUGUUCAGCAAAGACUCCUAGCAGAACUAAUCCCACAGGUUUGAAGUAAUAUUUGGUUGUCAGUCAUUCCAGGAGAGAAAAGGCAGAAAGAAAUACACUGUGCUCUUCUUUCUGUUGUAUAUCACAUGUGUAUUUGUGUAGGAUUCAGCUGUAAUGAAAGCUAGAGCACCUAACAGAGUGAGUUUCUUUCUUUCUUUCUUUCUUUCUUUCUUUCUUUCUUUCUUUCUUUCUUUCUUUCUUUCUUUCUUUCUUUCUUUCUUUCUUUCUUUCUUUCUUUCGUUCUUUCUUUCGUUCUUUCUUACUUUCUUUCUUACUUUCUUUCUUUCUUUUCUUUUUUCCUUUCUUUCUUAAAAGCCUUGGCAUGCCCCCAAACCCAACUUUCUGGCACAAACAUUAGACCUGCCAACUGAAGUAUAUUUCACAUGUUUUUACAUAAAUAUUUAAAUGGUUUUCCGAAAAGGAUUCUCAAAAAUGGCUCCACAGCGCCCCCUUCUAUUUUGAGUUUUCAAACAUUUAGCCCUCCUACUCAGUUGAUUUCACAAGCAGAGUUUUUUUCUGGGUAAAUGUAUCACGCCGAGACCUACGAAAUAAUCCUCUUGCUACCAUACCAAAAACCCAACAGGAUAUUCACCACUUUGCUUUAAAUUUCUCUUCCUCAAAUUUACAGAUAGUUUAUUUGAGUUUAUUUAAAAGCAUUGUGUGUUUUGUACGCAUGCUGAAAUUAAAAGUUGUCAAAGCAUUGAUUGUGCAUAAAAGGGUGUGGUCUUGGCAGCUUGUAAAACUUUGAUAGAUAUCAAUUAAACGGGAAGUCCUUCAAAUGCCUUCAUACAGCUUUCAAUCUCAUUGAUAUUUCAUUGACAUGAUCAAGUGUCUUUAAUGAGUUGGUGCUAAACAGGAAGUUCAAUAAACUUCUUCACACAGCGAUUAAUCUGAUUGAUAUCUCAUUUGAAGGUAAAGAUGUACCUCUGAAUACAACUAUGCUCCCAUUUUUACAUCCUGUUAAGGUACAAGGUGCUAGUGUUCACGUACAUUCUCUGAUCAGUUUUGAUUGAAUAUAUACAUCUCUAUAUAAAUCUCUAUACAUACAUUUUUGUUGUAGUUACAGCAGCACCUUUUAAAAAAGCAGAAUUAACUCACAUACAUGCCUUUACAAAUGUUUUGAUACUGUCAUAAAGGUUCCCAAAGAUUAUCAACGCCAUAGGUUUACUUUUACACUGUUCUGUUUGCUGAAACUCAAACAUGCAUGCUAGCAAUCUCAGUUUGAAUGGAUAUACCAGGACUACUAAGCUCAUGAUGGUUGUACCAUUUCCUCCUGCAAAGCCAUAGCUUCAGCACAGACAUCCUGCAGCUGCUACAGGCCCUAGCGUGCAAGAUGUAAAGGCCCAUUCAUUGCAGUUUGAAUUAUUAAUGACUCUCAACUUUGACUAAUCUUAGGCUUCUCCUUUCUCACUCUAUAUGAAAGUGUCUAUGAGUAGCACAGUUGAACAUGUUAUAUUAAAGAGAACGAUGUAAAAAAAGUAAAAAAAAAAAAAAAACAAAGCAGCCUACAAUCUGUCCCCUCCAUCUGCUCUGCCCUUAUUAUCUCAUACUCCUAUUUCACUCCGUCUUUUCAAGUAACCUUGGCUGGACCAUCUUGUUUAGUUACCCCAGCAACCACCCAUCACCAGGACGACCAGGAGCACCGCUGUGCAUAUGUAAGAUGAGCAGGAAAUCACCCCCCAGGCUAUUUUUGAUGGGGCUGCUUACACAGACAGCGACAACUGCUAUUGGUUUGCGUGUUAUCCCGGAGAUAGCUUCACUGCCAUUUUGUCAACUGUUGUUUGCAUUUGUGCUGCAGGAACAUUCAUCUCCAAGCCCAAUUAGAGAAGGACACUCAAACCUGCCAUCAGGUAGCAGGUGCAAGCAACACUGCACACCUGACACCUCAUUUAAAUGUUUCAAUGGAGCGGUUGCAUUUAAAAGGGGGCAAGUUAAGUGGCUGCUUUCAAAGCUCCUUUCACAAUUAUUCAUAGACUUCUAAAUUUGGAAAGCAGCAUUUUUUCAAUGUUCUCUGGCUUAUAGUCGAGGACAUAGGAUUUGAAGUGCAGAUUUUUAGGUGUAACCUUGUGGAAACAGCCACAGGUCUGUUGUGAAGAUUAAGGAUAACAGACACUGCCUUAGACGUCACACUCUGCCAGUAGUGGGUGGUGUACCGGUCUUAAAACCAUCACUGUUGUCAUAGUCUGACACAAAUGGAUUUUAUAAUAUCGCCAUCACUGUUGUAAACACACAUUUUGUUUUCUUUACGGACUCAUUAUGAAGAGAUUUAAGCCUGGAUAAGACCUCUGCACCAGGCCUACUCUGUAGCCCUGUACCUACGCAGCAGCCUACAUGCACCUCCUCAACAGAGUAGUUUAUGUUUCCUCCAACUUCUUUCUGUCUGUAUUAUUUUGAAAAAAAUUGCAGCACUAUCAACUGCUGCACAACAUAUAUCAGCUCAAACAUAUCACACUGGGAAUCUGUUACAAUGACAUGAAAGGGCAAAAGUAGGUUGUGCUUUUGAGAGUAGCAGCCACUGUGGGAUAGGUAUGGUUUAGAACCAGAAGAGAUGCAGAAGUACAAACACAGCUUUAGACCAGGUGUCAGCAUCUACAUUGAAAGAGAUGUGGGCUGCAGUAAUCAGGUAGACCAGUGCUCUUUUUUCCAAGUUUGGUGUCUGCAGCUGACAGCACUGCUGAGAUUUUCAUCUCUAUUUACACAGACUGAGCUGCUCGAAAGUAGAUUUCAACUGAUGACUCUUCACUGCAGGAAGGGCCAAUAGAGUAUUGAGGACAUCUCCCAGACACCCCCUGGAGUGUCCUUUAAUAGGGGUGUUCGCCUUCAAUGGAUUCCCUUACUCUGGAGCUAAAGCCUCUUUUUCUUGCUCCCUCAGAACUUUUCACAAGCUUGACCCUGUCUUACCACCGUCCUGCAGCGACUCAACUGCACUGCGUACAAAACCUGGCUUCCAACUUUCACAGGCAAAACCCUGAAUUUCCACCCAGCCUUUUGGCAUCCCAGUAGUUUGGCAGUCAGUAUGUUUACAUGACACUCAAGAAAACCGAAUUAUUGCUAUAGUUUGAGAACUCUGAUUGGAGUCGGAGAUCCGAUUAAGACACCCAGAUAAUGUGGUUGGAAUUCAAUUUUCUCUACCAUGUAACCAGCGUAGUUAGAGUAUGAUUGGACAAUACAUGUGCAAGUGCGCCACUCCCCUGUAACCCCUGGAACAAAAACACCAGAGAAGAGGAGUAGUGUGCACCUCAUCUGCAGAAAAAGUAGCGCGUACUGUAUGAAGCUCCAUCUUCCUGCUUGAAAAUGCCCAGCAGCAGCUCUCGCCACUUCUGACGUCUGGCAUGGACUUGCUGUUGUUGUUGACAGUUGUAUGGGUUCGGAAACAGUGCUGCUGAAAAGACCCAUAUCACCCCCUAGUUUUAGGGAGGAGGAAACGUUCACAUCAAUAAUUGGAUUUUCUCAGCUGCAUGUGUACGUGGACAAGGAGAGAAGUCUGAUUUGGCAAAAGAAAAAAAAAUUAUGAGCGUAGACCCAUUAAGCACUGGCUGAAACUGUUUUUAAUGAUCUAUUUCAGUGAUCUUUUGAAUACUAUAAAAGCAAGCCUGAACUUUACACUUUAGGAUGCAAACACCCAAUACCUCUGUCCAUCCUUACCACCCUGUCUCCCAAUCUAUUCAUCCAUACCAUGAUUUUGUCUUGUUAGGCAACACACUACGCACCUUCAUCAGCUUGUGACUCUUUUUUUUUUCUUUCCCUGACUGAAGUUGAUUUGUUUCUUUCUGUCCUCUGUCCUGUGAAAACAUCCAAUUUUCUCACAGUCUGGUAAAAAAAAAAAGAGUUUGGUCCCCACAUACCACAGAGCGUCGCUUGCUGGCAUCUCUAUUUCUUACUGGGUAAUAACAGAAGUUAAAAACACUGUAAUCUGUGGAAGCAAUGUUGGAAAAAGUUACAGGAGGAAAUCAACAGCCAUCUGUUAGAGAAGUGAUUAAGCCGACUUCACUGAUGGUUGCAGUUUGUGCAGAAAAUAUCAGUGCUGUGUUAAAUCAGUGCAAACAGCCUUGGUGCACAGAUAGACUUUUCCAAGAGUGUUUUUGUGGUAAAGACGCUAAGGCCAUCAGAGCAGGAGCGUGGUGAAAGGAGCAUUAGUGUAGGAAUUGUUGGUUAAGCGUGUUGGUGGCAAAAGUGUAGGCGCAGAAAACCUCAAAAUAGAGCAUUGCAUUGUUCUAAGGCAUGUUGACGAAGAGCUUGUUGGUACAAAGAGAAUUUGUGCAGUGAGUAUCAGUGCAGGGACCGUCAGAGUAGAGUGUCGGUGCACUAAUAAAUCGAUCUAAAGAGCCUUGGUGCAGAGAACAUUAGUGCAUGAGAGUGGUGGUGCAAAUAGCAUAAACCCGGAUAGCUUUGAUGUAUAGAUUGUCAAAACAGAAAGCACUGGUACGAGGAGACCUGAUACAGAGAGCAUUAGUUUUGGAAGUCGUGGUAUGGAGGGUGUUUGUGCAUAGAGUGUUAGAGAAGGAUCGCAAAGAGAGAGUUUUGGUGCUCAACACUUUUCUUUAGGGCCCACUGGUGCUGGGAGUUUUUGUGCAGUAAGCAGUAGUGAAUAAAGGCUUGAUACUUCAAGUAGUGGUGUAGAGAGCAGUAGUGAAGAAAGUCCCAGCUCUGAAAGUGUUGUUGCAGAGAGUGUUGGUGGGUGCAGGUCAUCCGGGUAGUGCUGGAAGUUUCUUUGCAUGGAGUGCCUGUGCAAGUUGUCUUGGCCCAGGGAGUGCCAGCUCAGAGCGUUGGUGCAGAAUGUGCUGUAAUGGAGGUCUUAGUGCACAGAGCAUUAGUGCAGGAACUUUGUUGGUGCAGUCAGCGUCAGUCUUGGUGUAAAGAGUGCUUGUGUAGAAAGCUGCCUUGCAGAAUGUGUUGAUGCAGGUAGUCUUGGUGCACAAACCCUUUAGGUCCUUACACACCAGGAGCGAAUUCGCGAGACGAAUAAUUCGCUUUUUUUAAAACCUAUUGAAGUCAACGUGACCUUACACACCGGCAGUGAAAAUUCGCCAUAAUUAUUAUGUUUUUUAUUUGCUCUUGUGUCAAAUUUUGUGGAGGCGAAAAAGGUGAAUGGCCAGACCUCUGGCCAAAUAAAAUGAUGUUGGUAUGUCAAUGACGCCACAUCCAAACUUUACAGGCAGCAUCAGCCCCAGUCUGCACUCAUUCAUCAUGACUGAGCGCUUUAUCAUUAGUGUGCAGGAGCGUCCUGCUUUAUGGGACAAGUCCCUUAAAAUAUUCCACGACACUCUCCUCGAAGAAAAUAUAUGGCAGGAAAUAGAAGAAGACCUCAAUUUACCUGGUGAGAAUAUUGAUGUUAUAUCAAUCCUCAAACAUAGACGUGUAAUGUAGCCAGCAUAAUAUGAAGCUAAGCAAGCUAACUAACCAGCGCGGGGCAACUUUUUCAAAGUCCAGUAAAUGUUUGUAUAUGAAGAGAAGAAAAAGAAAAUGCGCCAAACUUUAUUCGCUUAGCAGAUUUCAUUCGCAUAACCACGUUGCGCCUGGUGUGUACAGAAAAAAUUCACAGGCGAAACAUUCGCCAUUUCGCGUCGCCUAUUCGCGUUGCUUUGCCUAUUGCCUGGUGUGUGAAGACCUUCUCUCCACAAAGCGUUUGUGCAGAGUGUGUUUGGGCAGGAAACACCAGGGUUAUCCAGGGUUUACAGCCAGCUACUUUGCAGACAGCCUCUAACACACCAUCAUUGCCUCUCUCCAGAUCUCAAAGACCUGCGGGGAAGCUUCGCUGAUUAUUAGCUGAAAGGGGUGUCAGCAUGUAAACACCCAUAAAAUAGAAAGAUAGUGAGUUAAAAUCAGUUCUGUAAUGUGAUCUUGUGAUUGUUCAUCUGUGAAUCAGCAGUGAGGCCAUCGUGCCAAGGACUUCCAGAUGGUUAUGAUAUUCUAACUUUGUGGAGAGAAACCUUUGUUGACCUUGUGUUCAACUCUCUCAACUUUAGUGUCUGAGUGUACAGGCCCUGCAGUAAAGGAGCAGGCCUACAGUGUCUGUGGGGACAGACUGUUUUUUUCAUGUCUUGUGUAUCGUAGUGCUUCAGAAGCUGCAGAAGGAAAAAAAAGAGUCUGUUUUUCAGUUGCAGCCCCUCAUCCCCCUUCAGCUACUAGUAAUGAGCGCGGCUGUUCGAUAGCACCUUCUCAGCUGAAAAAGCACCCUCGUAUCGCCUAGCUUGCUCCUCCAACGUAUCCUCGAACAGCCCUCCCCUCGCCUGAACCCAUUCAUCACACUCAACAUGCCUCUCACUGGCCGCGCUCAUCUCCUGCAGGUCGAAGGAAGAUUGAUUUGUUUGUGUACAGAGGCAAAGGGAGCGAAAGGGAGCACAAGAAAGAGGAAAAGACAGAGGUGGGAGUAGAGGAUAGCGAGGACUGCUCCGUGUUUGUACGUUUGCCAAAGACUCACAGCAGUCACUCAGACGAGCAGAUAGACGACAACACAGUGUGAGAGCAAGUGUGUGAUCGACUCCAGCUCGCAGACUGCACUAUUUUCACUCCUUUUUCACUUCCCUCCAGCAUUCACUCACCUGUCUCAGCCUGUGCUGUCUGCCUCUUUUCAGAGCAUAUUCAAUCUCCUCUGCUCAGUGUGACCAGGAGGAAAGUCAAAGUAGUUUGUCUUUUACACCUAAAGGAAAGUUGGAUAACUUUUGACAGACAACUUAAUUGGAUCGGAUUUUCCUUAAGAAACUAUUUAAGAGAGCUAAAGUCUCUUAAAUGUUUUGUCUUGAUUCAUUGCAUUUUUAAAGUUUCCUAAAAAUCCUACAAAAUUAUAAGAAUCUACAGAGAUAAGACAAAGAAUUCAGUAUAUUUAGAAAAUAAGGAUACGCUUGUCCCUAGUGAGAUUUCUUGAUUUGUUGUGGACCUAUAUGUUUGCAAUCCUUUCAAAAUACUAAACUGUUUUCAGUCAUAUUCACACAUUUACUGAACUCCUAAAACUAUCCCAAAAUUUUCAGCAUGUGUGAACACGAACAGUCAAGAUUUACACCUCAAAUACCUGUGGAGUUUAUCUCACUAGACACCGACUGAAAUUUUUACAAGAAGCCAAUGUUGAUUUGAUUUGACAGCCCAGCUGGGAAUAUUGUGGAAGAUUUACCACAAUGAAGUAGAUGAAGGUGAUGAAGUUGAGAUCAUGUGACUGAUAUGAAUCAAAAAGAGCAACUUGAAACUAAAUUAUUAAAAAUUUCUGAUGUUGGAUGACAGGAACAGCAAAGAUUUCUGCACAUCCAUCAAUUUAUGUAUAGCACCAAUAAUACAAAUCUACAACUGUUAUCAAAGUGUGGUCUCUGGUGCUUCAUGUGCCAUCAUGUUGUGAACAUUAUGCAAAAGCUUUUUGCAGCAUGCUCUAAAUGUCAUGUCUUUCCCCCUGAGACUCUUCUACCUGCCUCUUACCAACAUGAUCUGACAGGGAAGACUUUGUGCUGUGAGGGAGGUGAUAAAAGCUAGCCUCAGACUUUUGCUGGAGGCCAUUUUUUGGUCUAAAAGAGGUCUAAUAGACGUCUAAAUGUAGCCUAGACGACUGGUCUGAAAUUAGGCUACCACAGGCCUAAGAUGAAAACUUUUUAGACGUCUAAAUUUAGACCAAGUCUAAAUCUGGGCUAUAUCUAUACUACACUGUAUAUUGCUCAAUAGCUAUUAUAAUUAUUUUGGUUAAGUACUUGGAGAUCAGUUAUGCAACUCGCAGUUUCUUUUUGACAUACAUAGUUAUCAAAUAAUGGGUUAAAGUGCAACAUCUAGAUUCCGUCUAAGAAUAAUACAGAAUCUAGACGGUUGAAAUUAGGUCUAAAAAAACUAGACAUCCAACAGCCGUCUAUUGCUCAGUUGGAUAAUUUCAAGGCAUAACAUUUGACUGCAAAGCUGGUGUAAAAAAUAACACCCACAAGCUCUGUCAACAUUUAUAUCAGAAGAAAAACUGCUUUAUGUAUGUUAAGUAUGUUUCACAGAUGAUUAGAAAUCUGAACACAGGAGCUUUAAAUUCUUUAAUCUGGUGCAGAUUUUUGUUACAUGUUUAAAAGCCUUUGGAAAUGUCAGAAAAGUUUCAAGGUAAGCCAAAGGGUUGAAUAUUUUUGUAUCUGUUUUCUCUGAGCUCUGGUAUGAAGUAAUAAUAGACAGCCGAAUACUGCUGUAAUGAUUUAUUACGCCCCCACAGUGUGUGUGUGUGGAGCGAACAGGAACCUUUCUUGAGUCAGCGUUUAGAGUUCAGUACUCCAUCUUUCAUGCAAAUGUGGGGACGAAAUGUUUUAUCAAAGCAAUUAAUUAUCACUGGGAAAUCUUUGCCUGGCUUUGUAAAGGUUUGAUUUCAUGCCUGAAAGCCGCUCAGCCACUUUCACUUUCUUCCUGGUUGCCUUGUAAAAUGUCAAGGUCCAAUUAUAUUGUCUUUUUUCAUUUGGGUUUUGAAUCUUUAUUCGCUGGGUCUGAAUCGCCGCCAGCCCCUGCUGUAAACAGCCGAGUUUAAACACUCCAUUCACUCUGACACGGUUCAGCAGGCUUGUCGAGCCCUAAUCGACGUGCAAUUCAGAGGAGCUUUUAAAGGACUCUUGAUAGCGUCCUUCAGGGUCAGAGGAAGAUAUUGUUCUGCCAAUAGUGAGUUGGUACUUAAAGAGGAACAGAUGAUGUCUAUUGGGUCACUUUUGAUGCCAUUUGAUCCUUUUUUUGUCAUGGUCCUUUGAAAAAUCCUUCAAAUAUGUUCAAUUUCUUAAAGAAUUUGUGCAAAAACAACCUUGACUGCUGAAAAUCAUUGAUCAUUCAUUCAUUAAAACUUUCAAUGCUCGUCAUAUUUCUGUUUAUUCAAAAGCUGUUUGAAAUUUGAGAGAACUGGUAUGAACUUAGGAGUGAAAAGGUUCAUCCAAAAAAAAUAAAGCAUCACAUGGAUCUGUGAAAACAGGAAAACAUGUGGGGGAGUUUUGAUGAGUUAAAAAUGUAAAGUUCAUUUUUGAGUACAAAAAAAAGUAUUCAUAUAUUUUCUCUUAAUGCCUCAAUGUAGUUUAUUUUGAAGUUAUAUGUAACUUGUUAAAUAUCUAACAAACCCGUUAGAACAGUACUGAUAUAUUUGGAUAGAUAUGAUUACAUUUAGGCUGCCCAAAUUUGUGUCUACAGCUGCUUCUGUAUCAAAAGUGUGCAAUCAAGAAAUAACAAACCGUUGCUAUGGAGUAUUAACCAAUCACAAACAAGUAUUUUAAACAGGCUUAUAAAGUCUUUGAUAUUUAGUAAAGUCUUCUCUGGCUAAUUGUAAAUACAGUUACAAUUAAUGUUGUAUGCUUUAAGUUGUGGUUUGUAAAAUUUUGCUUUAAGUCAUUGUAUAGACAGAGUACAAAUAGAAUAUAUUAUCCAUAAGUAUGUUUAAAUAUGGAUAUUUACCUUUUUCUGUCACCUACCACAGAGGCUGCCAUCUUGCACUGCUAUUUUUCUAUGGUGGCACAUAGAAAAACUAGAAACAUAUACGUUUGAAGAUGAAGAAGAAAAAUGUGUUGGUUUGUUUUUGCAUUGGUGGAUAUUUUUGAUCGUAACAAAUGCUGAAAAAUGAAGGAUCAUAUUCACUGUGUAUCACAGGAGCCUCUUGUUCUUGAAGGCCACUGUGGCUUAGUGGUUAACAAGGGAGCAUUUCAGCUAGAUAUGGCAAAAUAUCCUUAUUUCUUCACACUGUGCCUUUAAUCCUUGGUUGAGGCAGCACAAACAGAUCCUAACAAGUUGUUUCUUUUUGUUUCUAAUCUUUGUCCUCAGAAAUAACAAAAUGCUAGCUCUACCAAUGUGCCAGUUUCUAGAUUAGUUGGAAUUGGCAUUUUAAACAUGGCAACCAACCACCAUAUUUUGGCUACAGAACCCCUCUUAAAGAACCAGUGAGCAACAUCUCUCAAUCUACUUCCAUGUUUUGUUGAGUCCGUCGUGUUUGUUGGGUAAUAAUAGUUGAGGUUGUCUGAUAUAAAGCACCAUUCCCACUAAACCAUUAAUCUUUUUUUACAAUGCAUUUAUUCUAUACAGUACAGGUUACUGCAUUUGGCCUUUGCUCCAGUUCCUCUGUAUCACAUAAUGGUCAUAAAUGUUACAGGAUUAGAAGAGGGGGGCUGUAAUCACUCAACAUUGACCCUUCAUUCUGACCAGGUGAGAGAGGCCAAACGCUCCCAUCAUGUAGCCAUAAAAAGCCCAUGUUCUAUCACUGCUCCAGUUUGCUGCCUCUACUGAUUGCCACAGCCUUUGAACCCUUUAGUGAGUCUCUAACCUUGCAUUGAUGAAUGAGCUGAAUGGGUUCGCCAGUUCAGGGGUCACUGUGGUUGGGUAAUGCGCUCAAGUCUCAAACCUCCCCUCCUGCCUCUCUUCAUUUGAUAAUUUAAUCUCCCUCCUCAAGCAGCAGCAAACCUCCUGCUCCUCUGCUGGAGUCUUUGAAGCCCGCUGAGCUGGAGUCUGGAGCAGUCUGCGGCUGUUUGGGCUCGUUUGAUUAGCGGGAAGGGAAUGAGGGUCUAAAGAGUUUAAAUGCACAUUAAUCAAUAGUUCCGGUGUCUUAAUGAGAUGGAGGAGAUGAUUUUGUCUUGAUCCAAAUUGACCUCGUGGACCUUUUUAUCCUACUUAAAGAGAUACUUUAUAAGUCAUCUUCUGGGAUGAGCAAAUAUGAAACUAAAACCGAAAAGUUGAGUGUAGUUUUAGCGUCUGACUAGGCCCUUAUACUCACGUAUUAUCUGGCUGAAGUCGUAAGAUUACAUCAGAAAAUGUCAAACAGGACAUUAGGAGGAACUGGGUUCACUGACAGGAGGGACAACUGGAUCAGAUGGAUCGAGAACUAGGGAUGUCCCAAUAUCCGAUAUCGGUCUGAUACCAGCAAAAAAAUAUCGGUGUGUACUUAGUUACUAGCAAAGUCCAAAAAAUAUGUUGCUGCUGAGUGCAAAACUCGUCAUGCCAAGUUUGUGCUAAUACCGGAUCAAAAUUUGUACCAUCUAAUACUGAAGAAGGCCACAAUAUCAGUAUCGAAUGUAAACAAGUUGUAUGGGGACACCCCCUAUCCAGAACUGGAGCCAGUCGGAGGGUCUUCUUGAAAAUCUGCCGGCGUGUUAGGAACAUUUGUCGCCUUCCUUUUUGUUAGUUUAGUUUUAGCGCUAAAUUGAACUUUUCCAUCAUCGCUUACAUUGGACAAGGUGAGCAAGUCUCAAGCAAGACAGUGCUGACCUUGGUCCUCAUUCAGCUCUACUUCCUCUCUGAGUCAUGCAAUUGACAUGCUGUUAGUAAUAAAGAGGUUCAAAGAUGCAACUUUUAACUCAACACUUCUCAGUGAAGUGGCACUUCUGAGCCUGUUUUUGAAUCACUUUUGGUUUGAAUAUGAAUUUUCUAACAAGACUCAACGCUUAAAUUUUGCAAAGUUACAAUAUUUGGAGUCCAUACUGGAUGUAUGCAAGUUUUCAAAGCCAUAGGUAAACAUAUGUUGUCACGAUCCUAGAAAAUAGAUGUAAACUGCUCAAAAUGGUUGGUUUGGAAAUCACAUGAGAUCUCCCUCAUGGGCCAAACUUUAAAAGCAGCUAAACAAAUCAAUUUACUGUCAUUGUAGUUGAUCUCAUCAUGCUAACUUUUUUCCACUGUGUGUAUUUGUCUGAGAAGUUCAGUCUUCAUGAGUUAUGUCAUGCUAAAAAUAAGCGGUAUGGCACCUUGAGUGACAGCUCUGCAGACAGUUGCAGCCCCUGCCCCUGCCCCUGCCCUGGAUUAGCAGAGCAGAGUACAUGUUAAACUUUAUCUCUCUGUUUCAAAAUAAUUACGGUGCCUUGUUCCUCAUUUCUGUUCAUAGCUGACAAGUGUGUGACCCCAUUGAACUCCUCCACUGCUGUAUUUCUCCCUCAAGGUUUAAUGACGCCUUUCUGCUCAUCACUGCUGUAUUGACUGAGCUGCCAUUUGCAUAGCCGGCCUGCAAGCUGGAAUGUUUUGCUUUUGGCCUUUGCCCUCUCAGAGGACGAGCCACUUCUGCCAUCAGCGCUGCCACUGUGUGCAUAUUUUACCACAAUACAUGAUUGAAACUUUCUCCCUGCUGAGCAAUAACAACUGAUCACAUUCAGUUUUAGUGCACCUCCCUGCAUAAAUUUCCAUAGCAACAGAGAAAAAUGUCACGACACCUGUGGCCACAAUUACUCAAGAACAAUACAUGGCAGAAACGUCAAAUUAACUCUGAAUACGCUCCACAUAAGGUAGAUGAUCUGAUUACCUUUUGAAGCAGCUUUGCAUGAAUUAGCAUUUUAGUCAAGAAAAAGCAGAUUGUGGGAUUAUUUAUCUUCCUGUUUGUGAACUGUUUUAGUGUCAGUCAAAGGGCUAAACUCUCCCUUUUGUCUGAAUAGAUAAAAGACGAGAGAAUAAACCUGAUUAUGUUCAUAUUCAGUACAAAAGUGCUGACAGCUCCUGUGUUGGAGGUUGUUUGAGCUCUCUGACAGCUGCUGUGUGCAUAUUGAGAUAUCAUUUGGCUAAAGGGGAGAUUUUGCCCGGCGGCAGAAGAAGAGACUUGAGAAAGACAGGUAGAAGCAUUCAGCUGAGUCCUAUUUAUUCUAUUCAUGCCAAAAGUGAUCAACUCGCAGGGACUCAAGAGUGGGAGUGAUUUCUGGGGGUGUGAAUAAAAUAGAAAAUAUGCCAAGACUUGUGAAAGCGCUGUCAAAAGCUGGUAUAUCCCCAUGACACAGGAUAGUCAACAAAUAAUGAGGCAGUAAACUCUACCUUUUGUUAAAAAAGACAUUACACCAAAUUAAAGGGAUAUUCCGGCGUAAAAUUAAGAUAGGGUCAAACACACUAUAACACCGAGUUAGACACUCUUUCUCUAGUUAUACCAACUUUAGUAAUGACUGCAGAUAGCAAUACACAGAGCCACGCACUCAACCAGAACACCACUCUAUAGCCACAAAUAAUACUCAGAACAGCACCUAACUUCAUCAACAGUACAUAUAGGGUCCCAGCCACAGCACUAGCCACCAAACAUCUUUUUAACUUUGCCUGAUUUCUUUAGCGAAGAGACUAAACACAACUCACCCACUCUCUUCCAGCAUCUGCUUGUUUGUACAGAGACCUCCUUGAGCUCCAUCACAGACUGCAGCGGGGUGACGCAGCUCAAGGAAGAACAUUUAUGAUCAUUUCUUUAUCAUUUCCUUGAAGUAAUUAUCACCAUAUUAAGUAUUUUGCACUGUAGACGCGGUAGUUCUUCUGCCUCAGCGUCUCUGUCUGGUUGCAUUUCCAUGAAGUAAUGAUCAUAAAUGUGGCACUCUGUAUUGCUGUCUGUGGUCGUUACUAAAGUUGGUAUAACUAGAGAAGCAAGCAGUUGGCAACAUUCAUCUCUCGACAAGAUGUCGAACUCGGUGUUACAUGUCUUUAAACCUAUCUUAAUUUUAUGCUGGAAUAUCCCUUUAAGUGUUUCUUUUCCUUGUACUUAACCUUUUCAACAAGUAGCUUCUUAGCAGGGCUGUGUCUAGACUCUUUGUCAAGGGGGGCCAAACAGGGCAGCUGACUUUUGCUGGGUUGGUAAAAAAAAGUAUGUAAACAUACUGAAAUGAAAAGAUUUUGUUUAUAUAUAUCAUAUUUUCCUCUUAUUUUCAUACCUACUUCAACUAUUACCCCAAUUCUAAAAAAAGAUGGGACAAGUUUCAAGAAGUUUGAACACGAUGGAAACAAAUCACUGACAAAGUUAUGUAAUGCUAGAAAAUCACAUCCCUCGGCUAAUAAAAAUAGUUUGCAAUAGUUCAGUGACAAGACUGGGCAUAAAAAGACAUUUCAUGCUACAGAUGAACGUAAUACGACUCUGUACUGUCUACUGUGUUUAUAUGGAGUGUGAGUGUCCCAUUAAUCUCAUUGGUCUUGACAAGGCAAAUAGCCAACCUUGUGGGGGAUUUUGAGGUUGCACCAAAAGAUGCAAUUUAGCGAUCAUUGGGGGUUCAUGCCACUCCUUUCUACUCUUCUAGAAACGUCCCUGCUUGUUAGCUAAUCAUGCAGUUUGAUACCUGCUUAUUUGAGUUUGCUGACUCCAAGCUUGGGUUUAAUAAGAUUGGUAAAAUUUUGUGACUCUGGCCCAGAUAUGAUCAUGUUUGUGAACUCUGUUGUAUUGUAGCUGGUCUUUUGUUUGUGCCUCUCAUUAAAGAGUCCGAAUGUCCGCUAGAUUACGCUAAUAUGCAGCCAUAUUGUAGGUGGAAAUCACAUGGCUGAAGGUUGUUUGGUGCUGUCUAUCACCUGUUGUGUGUAUAUGAGUUAAGACAUCAGCUACGUGGUGAAAAGCUCCUCCUGGGGAAUGAAAAUUAAGACAAGCAGAUGCAUUAAGCUGUAUCUUUUCACCAACAUCCAGAGAGGGUGUGUUUCUUUCUAGACAGUGUUUUCAGAUUUCAGAGGAACAUACAGCAGCAGCAGACAGAUUCCGAUGCUGGGCCACUCUGCCGCCCUGUGAUUUCUGAUGUAAUCGUGCUUACUGAGCUGCAUCGAUUCUUUUAUGCAUCCUCAGGGUGGGCUGUGACAAACAGGCAAAGCUUUGCUGUAAGUGGAGCACAGUCUAGAGGAGCCCAUAGGAGCUGUCACGGUUUUGUUUAAUGUAGGUUAAUGCUCACAGAUGCAUUCCCACUCAGGUUCUUUUAAACAGCCCACCAACACAAGCUCCAGCGUUUGCAUUUAAAGCUGAAAGUUCUGAUGUGUGUCAAAUCUGCCGCACAUCCAGAGCUCCUGUGGGCAGACUAAAGAGUUAUGGGUCUCCCACACAGAUGUAAGUCUUUAUGUUUCUUUUUUUAAUUUUUGUUCUUUCUCUCUCCCUCAACAGAAACCGGCUCAGCCAUCACCUCCUCAUGCAUCGGUUUAGGAAACUCGCUUACCCCACCUGCUGGUCAGGCUGGAAAACCUGUGCCUGGUUAUAAUGGUAAGAAUCAAACUGUCUCUCACAAACAAACACUUUUGUCUUGGCAGGAGACAUGUUCAAUGUAUCGAAACUUCAACUGUGUACCAAAAGUGAACAACCCAGACACUGAAUUUCUCCUUGUGGGACCAAUAAAGAAGUAUCUUAUCUUUAUCUUAUCUUAUCUUAAAAAGUCAAGAUGCUAAAGGUAACUGAUAAUCAAUCAACAGUGGAAAAGUGGAAAACAAUGGGAUGUCAUUCACAACUCUGCCACACUGUCUCAGAAUCUGACAUGGCUCUGUUGUGGAAAUUUCUGCAUGGGCUUCGUUAUCACACCCACAAAUGCAGGUUAAAAUGGCAACAUACAAAGAAAAAAAAUUCACAUAAAGCUGGUUAUUGGACUUUGUUUACAUAGCGCUUUCUCGAGUUUUACGACCACUCAAAGUAUUCUGUACAUAACAUGUCACAUUCACCAAUUAACACACUGCUAACACAGGCUAUAAAAGACCCAUCAGUACUAACUAAUACCAUCAGCGCACUGCUGGACACAGCCAGCAAGGGCAGUCAGGGUCAAAUGUCUUAACACUUUUGCAUGAAGACAGUGGGAACUGGGAUGAAACCCUGACCCUUCUGAAUGAGAAGUGACCAACUCUACAACUGAGCCACAGCCACCCUCAAUAUGACACAACAGCAUUCUACAUAUGAUAUAAUACAAUACAAUAUGAUUACCUACGAAAGCUACGAUAUGAUACAGUAAGGUAUGAUACAGUAAGGUACAAUACAUUACAACACAAUAUGAUACAAUAAGGUACAAUAUGAUACAAUACAAUAAGGUACGAUACGAAACAAUAAGGUACGAUACGAUACAAUAAGGUAUGAUACAAUAUCAUAUGUAGAAUGCUGCUGUGUCGUAUAAGGUAUGAUACGAUACAAUAAGAUACAAUACGGUACAAUAAGGUACUAUACAAUAAGGUACGAUAUGAUACAAUACAAUGAGGUACGAUAUGAUACAAUACAAUGAGGUAUGAUAUGAUACAAUAAGGUAUGAUACGAUAUCAUAUGUGGAAUGCCGUUGUGUCGUAUAAGCUGUGAUACGAAACAAUAAGGUACGAUACGGUACAAUAAGGUACGAUACAAUACAAAAAGGUACAAUAUGAUAGGAUACAAUAAGGUACGAUAUGAUAUGAUACAAUAAGGUACGAUAUGAUAGGAUAGGAUACAAUAAGGUACGAUACAAUAUAAUAAGAUACGAUAUGAUAGGAUACAAUAAGGUACGAUACAAUAUAAUAAGGUACGAUAUGAUAGGAUACAAUAAGGUACGAUACAAUACAAUAAGGUUCUAUAUGAUACAAUACAAUAAGGUACGAUAUGAUACGAUACAGUACGAUACAAUAUGAUACGUGAUGAUGUUGACAUCCUUUUUUGGAAUCCAUGGAUGAAUCUGACACACCAUGAAAUUCUGUAUCAGUCAAACAUUAGGCAAUUUCUGUCUAUCAAAUCUCCAGAAACUGUUCCUCCUGGUCUUCAAAAUAAGAGUCCUGACUGAUUUUAAACAUGUUGAUUCAAAUUCAAAAUGUUUUUUUGUUCAUGAAACAGUAAAACAUUUCAGCUUCAUUAUUUUAUAUGUUCUAUUUGCACAGUUUUUUUUAAAUUGAAUAAAGGUUAUGAUAAUUAGCGAAGCAGGGAAGUGUAUUUUCAUCAACAUUUUACCCCCUAGGUUUUUUGGCUUUGGGCUGGUAGAUACAAAGGGACUAAAGCAUCAAUAGAAUGUGUAAUCCCCUGCUGAGUAUUUGAUAACUUUGCUCCGCCAGUUUGCUGGGGUGUCUCUGAAUAUAAAUGGCCUGCUCUUCCCUCCCCUCUAGUUACAGUGAUCGACGAUGACAUGCAGGAGGUGAAGCCAAGAACCCUGGGAAAUAUUGUGGUGAGGUAAGCUAAGAGGUUAGCUCAGUCAUGGCCUUGCUUUUCUUUUGUCCCUGUCAACAUGCACAUUAAUUUACAGUGUGAUAUAGAAGCACUUUUCACCCUCUAAUCAAAUCUGAAAAUCACUGUCAGGAGGCUUAAACGGGACCUUAAAUAACCUCACUCUCUGUAUUUGAGGAUGAAGUGAAUGAGUUUGCAAAGUGGACCUCAUCAGGAGCGAUCACGCCCAUAGCCUUUUGAGCAGCUCCAUAGCCCUGCCUGCUACCAAUCUGUUAUCGCUCUACAGCUUCAUUUCCCUGUUCUGUGAAACUGCGGGAAUUGACCCAGAGCCAAUAAUGGGGAUUUCCAAAGAAUCCAGGAUGUGCACUGCAUCCAAGGAUAACAGCAGGUAGAGCUGGGAACAGAUUGGAACAGCUGCACUUCCUCCUGAAGUCAGUGCCAGCCCUGUUAUUUGAUGAAAAGCUUUAUUUACAGCCACAGAAAAUUACAGCCCAUAUUUACAGAGCCGGAGGUUCUUGUAUUAAGAUGGAUUCUGAGACAGAGCAGGAAUGUAAAUGCUUUUCUGUGUUUGCUUUUGCUCCUAGAAUAACUUUUGUUCAUUGAUAACAAGGACUAGUAUGUCCAUUAAUUUAAAGAUGGACAGUGUGCCUCCGCCUCCUCCCAUUGUACAAAAGUGAGACCAAAACAAGGAGCCAGUAGGAAUCAGUUGGUAGGGUGAAGUGUUGGUUCAUAAACUUUACUCAAAAGAUCCUUACACACCAGCGAAUUUGUGGAGCGAAGCGAAAAAGCGAGACGAAAAUAUUCGCCGGUCCGAAAAAUCGCUUUCGCCUAUACACACCGGGCGACCACUCUGGUACACACUCUCUCCCAUCGUUGCUCUUGGUGCCAGUGGUGGUGUGUGUCGUGUGAACUGCAGCCGCAUGGGUCUGUGAUGUCAUCAACAACAUGACUUUUGAUUGGCCAGAGGUCUAGCAGGUCCAGAUAUUUGCCUGCGAAUCUCAAAAAAAAUUCAACACAAGAGCAAAAAAAUAAAAGACGCUUUGCGCCCUGAGGAAAAAUCGCCGCCGGUGUGGAAGCUUGCAUUGACUUUAUACUGUUUUAAAAAAGGCAAAUAAUUUGCCUGGCGAAUUCGCGCCUGGUGUGUAAGCACCUAUAAACUGACUUUCUUAUAUGUCGUCAUUAGUUUCUAAUGAUGUUAAAAGUCUUUUUUUUGUGUGUGUGUCACCAGCCCUUUGACAGACUUCUAAUUAAACAAAACCUUGUCAUGUUUCACGUCAGUCUGUGUCACAAUUUUUUCAGAAACUCCCAUUUUUUCUAUAAAAUCCCCUCAAAACUGUCAAAUUGGUGAGGAUUUAAAAAUAAUAAGUUCACCCGUCAUUUCCUUUGACUUGAUCUUGACUGCAGUAGUCGCAGAGCUCAUUAUUGAGACUUCUUGGAGAUCAUUGAUCACUCAUUGAUCUAUGAAAGACAUUUUGAAGUUGAAAGAAGGCACUCUCCAUCUUGGAGAUGCUGAUUAAACCUGACUUGGAUUCAGUCUGAUCAUAGGUUAGGGUGGCCAUAUGUCCUCUCUUACCCGGACAUGUCCUCUUUUUGGGGGGCUGACCGGGUUUGUCUGGCUUUGUCCGGGUAGUUUAUAAGAUCCUUCAAAUGUCUGCAGUUUUGUCUGUAAGUUCUGAGUUUGUGUCAUGUGAACUUUCUGAGUUAGAAGCGUGUACAAGACACUCGAUCUGACCCGAAAAACUCUCAAAAUUGACUUUGUGCGAUUCUGUGACUCCGCCCCCGCGUAGUUGUGUCCUCUUUUUUUUGGGGAAGUCAGAAUAUGGUCACCCUAUCGCCACCCUAUAGGUGGGUAAAGAGGUGGUACUAAGACAGACCGUGUGGCUAACAGCUACAGCAGAUCAACUUCAAACAAGUUAGCAACAACCCUGACUAUGUAACUUAAUGUAUUUUUCCCUUUUUCUUUGCUCCAUCUUCUUUCUUUUUCAAGCAUCUUUGUUAUUCUCUGUGUGCAGUGGUGUCCCUGCCUUUAUCUCUUUAAAUGGAAAAACUAUUUUUUCAUUUUAAUCCACUUGUCCACUCCGGGGCUUUACUGCAGAGGAAAUCUUGCAUCAUAAUAGGAAUUUUCUGAAUAAAUAAAGCACAGAAAAACACAUAAAUGUAAUCAUGCGGCGUCUAGUCUCAGUAUUGUUUUCUGUGCUUUUAUACCAGGAGCAAAGAUUUAAUGGAAAAAGGAUUUCAACUUCACUUUAUGCAUCUUUGCUCCCUCAGGCUGCCUCUCCCACCUGGUGCAGCGUUGUCUCUGUGGAAGAAUAAAGAUCUGUUCAAGGAGCUCUACUUCAGCAAGUUCCCCGUAAGACAUGUCACCGUUCCCUCACAGUCUGACUCCUCUGAUGGAGAUUAAAUAAUUUUUUACAGCUGUCUGAUUCGAUCAAAGAAUGUCUCAGUUUUGUCUUUAGGAUGGUUGAUAGGUCGAACACGGUGCAGUGGGUAGUGAUAACAUGGUCGUAUGUGGCCCUCUAGUGUUAAAAUGCUUCAUUACAGGGCCACUUGGCUUUUUCCACGGGGGUUUGAAUGAGGAAAUUCACCAGCUCUGAUCAUCUAGUGUGCAUCUUUAUCAUGGCCAACACUCAAACAUAUUUUGGCUGUUUUGCUCACUUAGAAACAGUUUAAUCCAAACAGUUGGUUUGAAUUAACCCUGUAACACCAUGUUGAUGCUUGAGAAGUCCUAAACUGAGAUUUAGUUUGAUAUCAUUCUGGUUGGAGUGACAAAAGCACUGCUGACACUCUGGUUUUUGCUCCACCAUCAGGGUUACUACGACACUAUGGACGCUGGUUUCAUUGAUCAGGAGGGUUUCCUUUACAUCAUGUCCCGGUCUGAUGACGUCAUCAAUGUAGCAGGACACAGACUGUCUGCUGGAGCGCUGGAGGAGGUGAGAGGGUUAAUAAUAAUAAUAAUAACAAUGAUAAUAUAAUAACUUUAUUUUUAUAGCACUUUUAAAAACAGAAGUUUACAAAGUGCUUUUACAAACAGUCGUAAAGCACAGAACAUCAGCACAUGGAAAUAAAAACAGUUAAAAAACAAAAGCUCAUUUAAAAACAAGGCCUCCAAUUCAAGGCCAGUUUCAUUUAUCAUAAGAAACCCAGACAAUACAAGAAAACUACAACAUAAAAUUAGAUCAUGAGGACCAAAAUAAAAACAUCAAAUAGGUAAGAAUAAGAAAUGUAAUAAGGGAGGUAGAAAGCAGGAAACAGGAUAGUAAAUAUAAAAAGAUGAUAUUAAUAAUGAUCAUAAAAUCAUAAUAAAAUAAUAAUGAUGGUAAUAGUAAUGAUAAAAUGGAAUAAAAAAUAUGAGCAGGAAAAAAACAAUAAAAUCAAUGAAAGGCCUAAAAGGUUAAAUAAGAAAAGAUUAUUAGUAAAACAAAGACUAAAAGGACAGUAAGUCAAAAUAAGAUAAAAGAGAUAAAAGAGAAAAGACGGCAUCAUAUAAAAGCAAGUCUGUAAAAGUUUGUUUUUAAAUUUGACUUAAAAGAAGACAAAACUCUCCUCUCUGAAGUUGUCAAAUACUGGUGAUAAUAUAAAUGUGUGUUUUUACAGGCAGUGCUGCUGCACCCUGCGGUCGGGGACUGUGCUGUGGUGGGUCUGGAGGACACUCUGAAGGGGGUCGUCCCUUUGGCCUUGUGUGUACUUAAAAAAGGUGAGGGAUGAUGGACAAAAAGGCUUGAAGUAACAUAAAUAUGAUCUUCUUGUUGCAGAUAUUCUCUCUUUUUCAUGCUUUGAUGCUCUUGAUGCUUCAUGCUGUGUGUCUCAGAUGUCCAAAAAAAAGAAGAAGAGAUCAUAAAGGAGAUGGUGAAGCUCGUCAGAGACACAAUCGGACCCGUAGCUGCCUUCAGACAAGUCCUUUUUGUCCGAGGUUUACCGAAGACCCGCUCCGGAAAGAUCCCUCGCUCCUCUCUGGCCAACCUGGUCAACAGAAAGCCCUACAAAGUAUGACACACUCUUCAUUUUCCCUUAGUCAUUAAAUUUUUCAAACUCGUGCCUGUCUGCUUUCUUUAGGGAAAUAUCGUCUGUAGGUGUUUUGUUUUCAUUGUUCCCUGCGUUGUGCAAAGGGAGCAGCAGAGGAAGGAGGAGAGCUCAUUUUGCAAGUCAGGGUUUGAGUAAUGAUUGCGCAUUAGCGGGCUCUGUAUUUAAUAAACACAGCUGAGAGCUCAUUCAGGAUCUCAUUGUUUUAGGUUUUGACUCAGAGUUUUGCUGAUCAGGUGCAAAAAGAUUCCAGAGAGAAUAGAUGACGAACUGAGGAAAACAGGACUGCUUAAUGAAGUGGCUUUGUUUACAGAUAUAAACCGAGGAUUCCCAAGGAAGCAGCAAAGGGGCUGUGAAUUAAAGUAUAACUGUAAUCCUAAAAACACCUUUACAAAGUAGAGAGGGACCCACACUCUUUUCCUGUGAAGCCACAAUGUUGUAACACGUGCACAAUGUGUCUUGGCACUGACUUCCUGAAACAAACAGGGACGUCCCUGAAAAAGAUGUUGCUUGAAUGCCAGCAUGUUGCUCUAAAAUCUGUAUGUACCUUUCAGCAUUAGUGGAGUCUUCACAGAUGUGACAUUUCCUCAUGUCAUGGGCACAAACACACCCUCAUACCAUCAAAGAUGCUGGCUUUAAACUUUGACCUGUUCACAGUCCCGAUGGUCCUUUUCCUCUUAUGCCCAGAAAAUACCACAUCUGUGAUUUACAAAAACAGUUUAAAAUCAUGGACUCAUCAGACCACAGCACACUUUUCAACUUUAUACCCAGCUGUCACCCUCACCUGUUUCCAGUUCACCUGAGGAAUGUUUCAUGCAGGUGUUUUUUUUUUAAGCAGUCCUUAAUUUCCCAGUUAUUUGUUGAACCUGUCCCAACUUUUUUGGAACAUUUUUGCAGACAUUAAAUUCAAGAUGAGUGAAUAUUUGCAAAAACAAAACAAACAAACAAAAAACAAUCAAGUUUAUCAGUAAAACAUUAAAUCAGUUUACAGGGUUCCUACCAAAGUAUGGAAAGCAUGGAAAAGUAUGGAAGUAAUUUGAUUAAUUUCCAGGUCUUAAAAAGUAUGGUAAAUGAAAAAGUAUGGAAAAAUAUUCAUGUUAACAGACCAUAUUGCCACGGUUAUAAAAUACUCUUUUCUAAAAUAGAAAAGUGAGUAUUUCCAAAAAUAAUUCUAAAACGUAGGGUGUGGAAAAGUAUGGAAAUUCCAACUAUGUAGGAACCCUGAAUUCAAUAUAGCUGGAAAAGCAUUUACGUUUUAUUCCCAUUUUACACAACGUCCAACUUGACUGGAAUUGGGGUUUGUUAUUUUCUGGAUUUUUUAGGACUCGUCCCAGACAAGUAUCCCAUCAUCCAAAAGCUAAAAACUAAACUAAAAUAGCAGCUAAUUGAAAAUAAAGUUGAAAACAUAAAGCCUAAAGAAAAUCCAAAUAAAGACUAAUUUAAAUUUUUAAACUUUUAUAACUUUGAUACUGUUUUUUCCUCCACAGAUCACUCCAACCAUCGAGGACCCCGAGGUGUUCAAAGACAUCGAGAAGCAGGUGGAAAAAGCUCUGAGACCCCAAGGAGCCUGAACUCACCUGUUAGGUGUUAAAGUGACAGAAAAAGCAGCUAUUGUAGCACCGGGACCUACAAACAUUAACUGAAGUUAAAUCAGUGAUUAUUCCUUUAAUGAUGUGAAGUUUCAUCUUGUUACAUAACAUGAACUGUGGCAUUAAGUCGGGUGAAUAUUCUGAUUUUAAAUACGGGAGAUUAAUAAGAAACAGAGUUCGCUCAUUCACAAUCACUGACCAGGCUCGUUCACUGACAGUAUUUUUUAUUGACAAUGAAAAUCUGCUUGCUCACCACUUAGUUUUGACCAAAGUACAAGAAUAAAUAAAAAAAAUGGACACAAAAUAAAA